AUAUACCGCGGCCCAGAAUCCCUACGAAAACUAAACAACGGUUCACAACAAAAGAACACAAAUAGGGCGAUGGCCGACGUAAAUUUAGCUAGCUCUAGUGAAGUCGUCAUCGAAUCAAGAGAUUCUAUCGAAACAGGAAACGAAGCUUUCGAACCAGCUUCAAAAAAGCAGCGUAAAGAAGAAAGUAACGUUGAGAAAACUAAAAACGCAGAUGAAAGAUUAGAAACUCGACUAGGGGGCAUUUUGUGUUGUUCCGUUUGCCUGGAUCUGCCUUCGAGCGCAGUAUAUCAAUGCUCUAAUGGACAUUUGUCAUGUGUUGGUUGCUUCAACCAUCUGCUAGCAGAUGCUCGUAUGAGAGAUGAGACUGCAACAUGCCCCAACUGCCGCACAGAAAUCAGUAAAACUUUGUCCUCCAGAAAUUUGGCUGUUGAAAAAGCUGUUUCUGAGCUUCCAGCACAAUGCCGCUAUUGUUCAAAUGAAUACUCUAGAAACACUGUUGAGAAACACGAAAAAGAACUGUGUGAGGAAAGGACAACUAUGUGCAAAUUUAGUCGGAUUGGUUGUCAGUGGCGUGGUCCAUUCCACGAAGUCGUGGUUCAUGAAUCUGUCUGUGUUCACCCACACAGAAGUGGUGGUGAGCUAAUGGAAUAUCUUCUCAAUAUGGAUGGAAAUCACCAGGAAGAGAAAAAACUCUAUGGAACUUUGUUUGAUUUGCUAUCAUUCGAAAAAAUUGCAUUCAGUGACGUUCAGUUAAAACCGUAUCGAACUGACGAGUUCAUUCAUAAAUUGUACUAUGAAACCAGCCGGUUUUAUGCCUUCAGCCACCAGUGGGUAAUCAAAGCGCGCAUCAACGCAGACCAAAAGGAUCCUACUCAAUCAUCGGAACGUGGAAUAAGUUACCAGUUAAUAUUGAAAUCAAAAGCCACCAGUCCCAUCACACUUUACUUUCUCAUGCUACGUGGACCAUUUGGGGAAAUGCAAGUUCAACCCAAAAUCUAUCAUUUCGAGUUUUCCGAAUCGAAUUGUGAAAGCCCGUUGGUGGCCUUCCCACUUACAGAUUCAGCUGAAUGCAACAAGGUUCUUUCGGGCAAAGCAAUCAACUGCCGGUUGAUCAUGUUUAUGUGUCCCAAAUGAAACAGGGGUUGACCCUUAUGUUUUCUGGUGUGGCAUAUUUUGGCCAAAAAUUGAAAAUCGGAUUCGUGCGCAUCUGUUCGUCGUAGCAUAGAUACUUUAGACGGAGAAAGGGAGUGGAACCGAAAAUCUGUUGCGCUCAGGAUUUCUUGAUCUCGACAACAACCAUUUAUUAUACUUUUUGUAGUCUUUUAGCGUCUUCUGCUGAAUUUUAAAUUCUCCGGGAUCCACUCUUCCAACUCUUUACCUCAUGCGAGCAAGACCAACGUAUCUUGACGUUCUUAUUUUUAUUUUUGCGCAUUAUUAUUAUUUUGUCUAACAUUUCUUUUGCGAACACAUUUUUUCUUUUUUUUUUUUAUAAACAAAUUUUUAUAUAGCAAACGUACAUAUAAGAAAACAAAUUUAUUCGAAGAAACACAGAAAGGACGUAGAGCUGAAAUAUAGUAUGAUUUAGUGAUUUGUAACUUUGUAUUGAUUUAAUGAUCAAUUUUCUCACAGUACCACAGUAAAAAUAUCCCACCUUUUUCAGGGUUGGUUCAGCUCUCGACUGCCACCUAUAAAAGGAAAACAAAAGACAAAGAAUCAAUACAUAUGUUUUCAGGCGAUGAUUAAAGCGCAUUGCAUUGUGUUGUUUCCUUGUAGGAGAGGAAGAGAUGGAUGUGACACGUUCUGCUCUUUCGGUAAGAAAAUAUUUAUAGUAAGUUGAGCAAACCGACGUCCUCCUCUCGACGCAUAAAGGUUGUAUUUAACACUUUGGGCUCAACUUUUGUGUUUUGCCAAAUGUUCCAUUCCAUUUGGUCAGCAUUGGCAGCCGGCAAACGGAAAACAACGUCAAUCGUGAAUAGGUGCCAAGCAUGAUGCAAAGAGAAUAACUGUGCUGUUGUUGCUUCACCGUUGAAUUAUUGAUUCGAUUAUUUUUUAUUUUUUUCUCCCUCGACAGCCUGGAAUAGCGUACUUCUAGGAACCUUCGAUGACGUUUGUUUACCAUCACACUUUGACAAGAGUUUUUUUUUUCUCUCCCCGAGUUUGAAGAAUGAUGAGUGCACGACCAAAGAAUGGGCACUGUCAAGUGAAGCUUUGCAUUUUUCAAACAACCGUCUCCUUUUCUCUACCCUUCACUUUUUACUAAAAAAAACUUUUGUAGUGUCGAUGUCUCCCUGGCUUCGCUCUCUGUGUCUUGUUAUUCAUCCAAAGCAAACACGAGACGAUGAGUGUACGGUAUUAUAGUUGCAAGUUGUUUUUCUUUUCUUAAAUUUCUUGGUAGGUGUAUGCACCGAAACAUCCCAUGUCACACAAAUUAAUUUGAAUAGUCAAAACACACUUGUGUAGUCUCCGCUUGUGUAUGUAUUAUAUCCUUCAGGUACAUAGGCAAGCGUGCGUCGACGUGUGCGAGCGUGAUGGGCGUAGUCGAAGCAAAAAGAACAAGACACACACGCACAGCGAGACGGGAAUAAUCUAUUUGCUACUCGACAGCAUUUUCGAACGUGUUUUCUUUCUAAAACUUACAUACGUGUAGUAUAGAUCUCCCACGACUAAUGCGCCAGCGGAUCGAUUCCAGUCUAUUUUGAAUGACGUAUUUCAUUUGCGUGCAUUUCAUCUUUCACAAGUUAUUCAGACAAGAAAGAACUGGUCGAGAGAGAAAUUUAUUCAAACUGCUUGAAUUUACUUUUAGAUUGCAUUUACAUCCGUACCUUCAUUCAAUCUGUUUUUGCUUUGUUUUGUUUGCUGUAUUUUAUCCCGUUUUAUUUUAUUUUUUCUUCUCUUAAGGCAUGUUGAAAAGUAUUAAAUUCAACUUGAGAUCGAGAAAGAUGAAGCUUCUUGAUCGAAUGGGCGUAAUUACCGUUUUCUCCCAGCAGUUGACUGGGAACGGAGACAUCAUCCUCUCCGGAUUUCAAAGAAGGACUGAGAGAGAAAGAGAUAGACGAUGUUCUGACUGAAGUAUUAUUCAUUUAUAUUUUUUUUUUCUUCUUCUUCUUCUUCUUCUUAUCAAAUCGCUCUCUACUGUCCCCGGAAGUCGUCCAGAGUAGCAUAGCGCGAACCGCACAAACAGUUGGGCGGAUCUUGGGCGUUUGAUUUCUGCGAGUCUUGCCCUGAAAUCGCUGCGCUCUCGUAUAAAGUGAUGCGGAUCAAACGAAAUGUAAUAAAGAAGUUCACUCUACUCGGGGAUGUAGUAUUGCCCUGCAUUAUUCUCUAUUUGCAAUGCGGGGAGGUGCGUGCGUGGGUCACUUGAUUUCACGGGCCGAGGAGACGUAAUAGCGCAGAAAAGGGGGGGGGGGGGGGGGGAGCAGGGAGAGGAGGAAGGAAAGUGUCGAACAUAAAAAUGUAAGCCCAGAUGGCUCCAAUUUACGAGCAGUACUUGAAGACGGGAGAGGACGGUGAAAAACAGUGCGCUCCGCAUGCAACUGGCACGUCAUUGCUCCAAUGUUUUUUGGAGGGGAAUCGACCCAGUCCCAUCACUCUUUUUUCCCCUUUUUCUUCUUUUCCCUCUUUUAUUUUUUGGUGUAUGCCAGGCCAAAAAGUUUGUGGACGUUCCCUUCGAAGCUAUAUACAGAAUAUACACCCAGCACUCUGGUCGUAAAAAAAAACUAAACAUAAUGAGGCAGCGUUAUAAGGUGUGCGUGUGUGGGCCAAUAUGAAAUACUACGGUCUCCAAUUGGACUAAAGAUCCUCUUGAUGGCUCUUCUUACGACUUAAGCUCUAAACGCUUUCUCUUUAACCUUGUCGGUUGCGUCAUUUGGCUCCAGUAGAAGCUGCACCGCACGUAUAGUCUAAUGCCUGGGCGGCUCUAUAAGGAGAAGGAAGAAGCUUAAUGAAAGCAGUCAGAGUAUUAUAAUGUCUGCAAUCUUGAUGGUGGUGGUGGUGGAAGAGCCAAAGCCUCUUCUCCUUUUGUCUUCUCCCAGUCUCCCCAUCAAAUUUGUUUUCAAGCCGGAAGAUAAUGAUAAGCCCAUUUUGCUCUAUAAUCAGUCCUGUACUACCCCCAGCCAAUCCAUAAACUCACGGUUUUUAUUUGUCUGUGUGGCGUAUACGCGCGUACGAGAUGAGACUUUUCUAUGCGUUCAGAGUGGAAGCAACUAUUCGAUUUCGACUUGUUUUCGUUGUACAUACCUUUUUUCGUCUUCUCGGAUACAGAAAAUUGUUUCCCAACGUUAAGAGAAAUGGGCCUUCAGCUGCUGGAUAUAUUGUCGAUUUUUAUUUUAUUUUUCUUAACGAGGAACUUCUUUAAUAGCAAGUUGCGCUCUAUGGCGUCUGUGAGGGGAAGCGACCGAUCGGGGAGCUUUCGAACUUGGCGAUCUCGUGCCAUAUAACCGCUGCCGUUUUCCCACGUCUUUGCCUUUCCGUGCCUGAGUUUUUUUUUUUUUUUUUUUUUUUUUUUUUGUAAUAAAUUAAUUACAAAAGUAUUUUUUCCCUACUAAUUCUCAGUUCUCCCGUUGAGGGGAGGGGGGUGGUAAUGGUAAACGGGAAAAACCUUCGUCGAGUCCCCCGAUUUAAUUUAUUUCACAUUUAUUCCUUUUUUUUUUCGAGAAAAAUAAAAAUUGAAGGUGUCGUAAAAUAAAUUGUAACCCGUUUUUUUCCAAGAAAAAAAAAGAGAGAGAAAUAAAUGUAAUCCCCCUUCCUCUAGCCCUGACGUAAUUUCGCAUCCAGGGACGGGCUAGAAAAGUGAGUUACCUUCAAUCACAUUUUUAUAGUUGUUCGAGGCGUUUCUAGAUAUAUUUUACCCCGCUACUCUCGCCUGUCCGUUUGUGUGCGCAUAAUAUACAGCAUGACUAGUCGUUAAAUGCAUCGAAUGUCUUGGGGCUUUCACGCUCACGAGGCGAACUGCCCUCCCCUUCUAUGCAGGGCAGUUUCGGCUUGUAAUAACUGCAGUCGUUCCAGUACAAAGCGAUCAUUAAGAAGAGGAAGGACUGCGAAGGGAAAGAAACAAAAGCAAAUGACAGGGGAACUUUGUCUACUGACCAUAUUGACUAUACAAUGCACAGAAGAAAAAGAAGAGAAAAUGGGGGAGAGAGAGAGAAGAAGAAGGCAUAACAAUUUAUUAAAUUUUCCAACUGGCCAGAAAACCCCGUCAUUAGCGCUACAUCACACGAAAGGGUUCGUCAUCGUUCUCCCUCGCGUCCUUAUUCCUUUGGAUGUUUUUGUUAGAAUGUCGUUGUGACCACAGAAAUUGGAUUGGCCACCAGAGAACAUCAAUCCUUUUCUCCCCGAGAAAUAGGGCCAAGCAGCAACAGAAGAAGGAAAAACAUUACAGUAUUUCUCCUUGGGAGCUGAGGAGAAACAAGCUUCGUUACUCAUUUCCUCUCCCUCGGCCCCUGUCUGCCCGUCUGCCCGAUCCGCACAACUCUCUUCCUCACUCAUUCAAAGAGAGAGGGAACUUUUGGGGUAAUUUACCCCCCACCCCACCCCCCAAAAAAAUAGAUCACUGAAAAGGAACUUCCUUUUCGCCUUAAUAAAACUUUCUGCUGUGCUGUAGAGUCGUCGGCCAUUAUUGUCGAGCCGUGUCUAAGAAGAUAUUACGAAUUGAAGUCCGGUGGACGCGUUGCGUGACAGAGCGGGUUCGUUGCGGGGUUCCCGAAAAGAAUCCAUAGCGGAUACAAUCGAAGCCGGAUCAAAUCGGCCAUCGGCUGAUUUGGUCGUGUUGGCAGGAGAGGGGAAGCCCCCCCGAAGAAAUAAUAAGUGUGAUGGCGUUGGCUGUAUGGAUUACCCAAUUCAUUAACCUUAUCUAUUAGAUGUAGUAGCGCAAGCUCAAGAAUAUAUAUCUAAACGCAUGCAGGGGAUAUAGAGUACACGUCAGAGGGUUUACAAGGGAAAGGAAACAACUUGGCAGACAUGGGCUAAAGUAAGUAAUGAGCUUCGCUACAUAUAGAGACUAAGGAAAACACGGAGACUGAGAGAGAGUGCAAGUUGAUUGACGUUGUGACCAGUUUCUAUGACAUCGCCAAGUGGAGCGACACUAUACAUCAGCACUGUGCACGAUGGAUUUCGCUUCGGUGACCACGCGCGCGCCCCCCGCUCUUCUCUUUUUGGGGGGCUGAUUCAGCGUCAUCGUCGUCUCCCAGGGCUGCUGCUCUCUCCCAAUGCGUCAUGUCACGCGGAGGUGAGAGAGUAGCACAGUAGCAGCAGCAAAGCAGUAAGGAGAGAGUCUAAGGGAAAAGCUGAUGAUGACAGACCCCCGUCCCCGUCCCCCCUUUUCCCCAAGAGCUAUUGUGAAACGUCCAAAGAGAACUCCAGGAAACAUGGUAAUUGCGCUAGACUCCACCUACCAUCAAACCCCCCUUUACGACCGAGUUGCCGUGACAGUAGCUGAAUACAAUCUACGUUAGUUACUGUCAUGUAAUUGGUUCUCAUCUCGAUUUUUUUGUUUUUUGUUUCUUGCGCUGGACAGGAAAAAAAAGGAGAGGAACUAUUGUUUACUGUACUAUAGUUUAAUCUCGACACACGACAACCAGUGGCCCUGAAUAGGGAGAGAAUCACAAUCAGUUGAAGCGAUUUCAACGCUUGUUCUUAUAAUAUUCCUGGAAUCAGAAAUGUUAUUGUUCAAAGUCAAGACAAACACAAAACACAAAAAAAAAAAAUUUCUUUUGCCUGUAGGCGUGGGCGAUGCUCACAAUCGUAGUACCUCGACGUUACGCUCGACUCCAAACGCCGUUGACAUUGAGCUCUAUCAAAAGCUUAUUUUUGUCUUUUUCUUUAUUUUCUUUUUUGAUUCAUAUUUCUUUUAGAUUCUCUUGGCCUUCUCUCCCUUUUUUUCGUAUUAUGUUUUGGGUUCUUUUAUUUUCUAAUAUCCUGGGAAGUGAGAAUCAGAGUGACGACGACGAGUUUCCAGAAGAGAUGAACCGCAGUCACGCCAAUUGCAUAUUGCUUCAGCGUUAAGGCUUUUUCUCAAACUCUUUUAACAUUCGUUGCUGGGCCAUCACGAUGACGUGAUGGAAAAGGUAUUCUUUUUCUUUUGCUUAUAUAUAUUUUAGUUGUUAUUUUGUUUUUCUCUCUUCUUCCCUCCCGACUUUCUUUAACGUUCUCUUUCGUUAAUCCCGCUGGCCUCACGACAUCGCAACGCACUUCCGCCAGACGAGAUUCUUUCUUCUUUUUAUUUUCUUUGGUUUUUUCUUAUUCUUCUUUUUUAGACAUUGUAAAUACAGCAUGAUUUCCUCUCUGUCUGCCUCUUAGACUGUUUCCCUAAUGAAAGGUUUCUCACACCGACAGCGUAGCAGCUCGACUUGCGCGAGAAUUAACUGGCAUUAGCUCUAGGAUGAACGUGAUUUUGCUCCUCUCUCCGUCGGCGUUCUUCCUCCUCCAACUCGCGCGUCCGCGUCCGUUGCCUCCGGCUUUCAGUAGUCUACACGAUCGAUCGGCCUCUCCUCUCGUUCGCUUGAUAUUUAGCCUUCGCCAACAUGUUUUCGAUCAAGAGAGAGAGAGAGAAGGAGAAAGGUAAUAGCACUGCUGUACAUACAAGACCUCGUGAAUUGUUAUUACUCUUCCACUUUCUCCCCCUCGAUCGAUCCUCACCAGUCGCUCCUCUUUGUAGGUCUUGUUGUAUAUGUGCAUGGGACCGCUUUGCGGGGAGAUCUUUUCUCCCCGUAGUUUGGAUCUCAUCGACUAGUAGCCGAGGAUUGACGUGAUAACAUUCGGGAAACGAAAGAAGAAGGAGGUCGAAAACAAAACCAGACUCGUGAAAAUGUAACCGGGGGUGGUCUGCUGUAUAAAUAGACGACACCGCCUUCUUCUAUUCCCCCCCUCCCCACCGAAUAGAUAAAGCCCGAAUCGAAAGGACCCCACUAGAUCCAGAAAGUCAAUAUAUAUUUGGGUACGUGACGAUACGAUUGAAAGAUCUCCAAAUGAUAUCUGCUAAAAAGGGCAGAGAGAGACGAUGAAAUGUCGGCCGUCGUGUGUGUGUGCUGUGUGUAUCUAUGUUGUAAAACACACACACAUCAUCCCUCUAGACAUUUGCCUCAAAUGCGCUCUGAUGUGUUGUGCCACUCUCGCUUGUAUAUUAUCCCAUCGGGUACAGGCAAAAAUCGAUUGACGUUUAUUACUUUAGCCAACCCGAGUUUUUCAUUUCUUUUUUCUUUUUUGGUCGCUCAUGGCUGUUUUUUUUUCGAUCCUUUUUUUUCCUUUAUUCUGUCCUCGUGUGUGUGUACUGUGUACACGUUUGCCCUAGUACAUCCAUCCGGGGGACCUUACUAUUUCCGAUAAGGGUGAAUAGGAAGGGACCUCCCAAAAAAGAGGAAAAGAUACAUCGGGAGUUUAUUGAAUUUGCCCUUAUUCUGAGCCCGAGGAGCGCAGCAGUCACUAUACUAGCAAUAACUUCAUUGGCGUCUAACUUGACUGGACGGAGUCAUUCAACCGUCUCCCUAUGGAAAAAGGAAUUGGUUAUACGACACCGGAGACGUCCGACACAAAAAUUGGAAAAAGGAAUUCAAUCAUCGCCGGGCGCAAUUCUCCCGUUUUCAAUUCAACAGUCGGGUGAGGAGGAUGAGGCAUGUCAACGCCCAAGUUUGUUUUUUCCCUUCCCCUCCACCUUCCGCCAAUAACAUUCGAUUUAACUUGUAACACACCAACAACCGUCUUUGAAAAAAGAAAAAAAAGGGAAACAAGUUGAUCUUUUUUGUUGUUGAUGUUUUCUAUUUUUGGGUUAUUUUGUCGUUUCAAAUGAUUCAAGUAAUAUUUGAACCAACUAAACGAUUUAAAAUUAUAGUCGAAAAAGGUAGGCGCUUUUCAUUUGAUCGGAACGAGAAAUAAAAUCACUGUCACAUCCCGUUGAACGAAAAAUGUGUACGCGGCGCCAAGGGAAAUGAAAAGGUUCAAUUAUGUGAAUGAUGACAUUUGCUGUCGACUGAAUAAUCACGGACAAGGCGAUUUCCUAGUUCCUCUUUUUUCUCUCUCUCUCUCUUCCCUAUACCACCCCCGCAUCUUGCGGCUCAAUUCUUCCACGGGAGAGAGAAAAUAAAAUUCUUUCACGGUCGUCUUCCAAGGGGGUUGGUUAAGGAGAUAUGCCCGGAAUGAAUCAAACCGUGACGUGUUUUCAAAACUUUAUUGAAAAAUGCCAGGGCGGAUAUGAGCGGAUUGAAUAGGAAAAAAAAGGUAACCGAGUCUACAGCUCGCAGUGUGCUGGGUGCCUGGGCACAUUUCUUCGCGGUUGAUGAUGACACUAUCAAAGAAAGUCUCUUGUUGCUUCCCUCCCCGUACAAAAAAGAAAAAUAUAAUAAACUUAUUUCGUGGCGAAAGAAAAAUACCGAGUUGAGUGACUGAACGUGCAUGUCUAGAGACUGCUGAUGUCAUCCCGAUGACUUGUCUCUGCUGCAUUUGCAAGGAGAUAUCCUCAACCUGUUCACAAAAGCGCAACGACGGGAUUAUCGAUCGAUAAGAAGGGGGGCAAAAAAGAAACCGAUAAAUUAAAAUGAAUAAUUGGAUGGACGAAAAAAAAAACCUUUGACGAGUUAACAGUUUGCUGCGAGGACAAAAUGGGAAAAACCCGGGAUCGCGUGCUAGUGUGUAUACGUCUUAACGCAAGUCCAGCAUAGCGUUGCUGCUGCUGCUGGCCCAGAUGGCCGAUGGUCACGAAAGCUCCGACUCUUUUUUUCGUCUAUUUACUACCCCCAGCUUAUAUAUGAUGUAUUCGUCAAUUAUCGUACACGACGCCGUAGAGAGAAAAAAAAACUUUGCUCAUGGCGACGUAUUGGGCAAUAAUAGUCGAUGAUUCAAAGCUGCUGCUGGUGGACAACUGGACAUAGUCUUGUGAAAUCGUGUGCGCAUAUCACUUGUGUAAGAGAGCUUGGAAAAGAAGAAGAAGAAUGUGUAUAAUAUUCUAUAUAAACUAAACAAUGCAGCCGGUCCCAUUGAAACGCUUUUUUCGUGUGAAAACUCUUUUGUAAAAAAAAAAAAGAAGAAGGUGGGCAAAUAUGGCGGCGGUGCACGCCAACCGGGACGAAGAGUAAUACCAGUGUCCACCGAAAUACAAUGGGCGCUCCUUGAUGGAUAGACCGGCGAUUAUCCUACCGAAUUCGUCCGGUGAAGAACCGUAGAGAGCAUGGGUUACUUGUGUGAAAACACACACCAAGCGAGAGAAAGAGAGAGAGAAAAGACUAUAGCGACGCUAUACACACGAUCGGCGGUUUGACGUAAUUAACCACACGCGUUUGGUUUAGGCAACCCAUUUUGGGGUAUACCACCAAUGUGUAUCGCUUGUGACUAUUGUUGUUGUAGCCUGCCGUUUUUUUCUUUUCCCCCGACCACUAGAAUUAAAGGCGUGCCUACGAUACUUUGCAUAUUUGUUCUUCUUUCUUUUUCAAGCGAAUUCCGAGACAAAAACAAGAGCCACGAAAGUAUCAGGCCUCCCGUAUUUUACGUCCAGCAACAUCGACACGUAACAUAUAACUGGUCUUUUGGGUAGUUGUUGUUGACUGUUGAGAACUAGCUCUUAUCUCUUCCAGGGGGCUUGUUCAAUUGCCUCGGCAAUUACUGGACUCGAGGCCAGUAGCCACGAAAGAAAAAAAAAACGAAAUCCCCCAAAAAAUUACAUAUCUUUUAUAGAUUAGAGAAAAAAAAAAAGAAAAAACAGAGGAGAAGGUAGUGGAUAAAUAAUAACACGUAACGCUCUUCUAUACUCGGUUCUGGUUCAUACAAGCAAGAGAGAAUAAGGGUGUAAAUAUAAAAUAACCUUGAACUCGACCCCCCUUUUUUUUUUUUACUUCUCCCUAUGUAUAUAUCUCAGUCCGGAUGCAAAGAGGAGAAGAAAUACGGCCGCGGGACUUGCGUAAGAACGUAUCUACACAUAUAUAUAUAAUAUAUACAUAGCUACACAAAAGAGUAUAUGUUAACUACUUGGCCUUCCUCCUGCUGGUGUGUGUCCUCCACGUCUGAAAUGUGUAAUUACCGGCCGAAAAAGAAAAGAAAAAAAUACUAGUUUUUCUUUUUUUUUCUUCCUCUUAUUUUAUUAUUGUUAUUUACCCGGAGACUGGGCACGACUGUUAUCAGCUUGCACCAAAUGAGACGGAAGAACGUUUGUGUUGUAACUUUUCCUUCUGAUUGCUCCAUCGUCGUCGUCGUCAUUUUGUUUUCGUGUUUAGGUGUUAUGUUUCUUCUUCACCACGAAAUUUUCUUGAUAGUAAUAGCCUCGUAUAUUUUAAGGAAAGGCGCAAUGGCGCAACUAGGGAAUCUAUUUUAUUUUAUUUUAUUUUUUCAUUUUCCGUGUCUCUCGGAUUGACGGAUUCAUCCGGAAUUCGAAAUGAUAGCGCCUUUACAUUAUAUACCUGAGAGAAAUGGCGACAGCGGUUGUAUUUCAUCGAUAUGUUCGCAAAGAAAAAGGCAAAAGUUUCCCCAUUUUCUUUUGAGCUUGUUUUAUUUGACAUUCGGCUGGGGCAAUUACAUCUUGUUUGACCUGUCAAACCCGGAUGCCACGUCGUCCAACGGCAUGUGACAUGACGGAUGACACGACACUCUUCUUGUUGUGUGUAUGGCAGCAAAUGCCGGGGAGACCACCACCAUUCAAGUUCUAUUUUUAAUCUCAUCUCUUUCAUUUCUUUUUAAAAAAAUAAUAAUAAAAAAAACCCUUCUUAUUAUUUCUUCUUUGGAUCCGUUUUUCUAAAAAGCUUGUUAUUUUUUUUCUCCUCUCCUAAAUUCUUUUGUAGCCUAUUAUUAUUACUUGAAUGGAUCUCUGAGUCAUUCGUUUUCCUCCUCUUUUUUUCUCUUCUUCGUGAAUUCUUCUCCGUUGGAAUUGAUAAAUCGGUUCGAAACGACAUAAAAGGUUUGAUCAAUGAGGAACUGACUUUUCCCCUUUUUUUUCUUCUUCUUCCUCCUCUUCACUGGCAAAGGACGUCCGAAAAAAGGGGGAGGGAUAGUAAAAAAAAAAAAAGGAGGGGGGUUAGCAGCUCUCAGAUAUUGAUUCGAUUGUGAUGAUUUCUGACUGACGACCGGCGGGAUUCACCCGAGCGCGAACGAGCAGUAAAUCUUUGUCGACGAAACCGAGCAACCUCCUUCUCCUCCUCCUUCCCUUCCCUUGAUCUUUUGUCGCCAUUGUGUGUGUGUGUGUGUUACGUUCGUGUAUCUCUGAGCUGUGUGUGUGUGUUAGACUGCGUCGUGCAGCAGCCAGUGCCAGCCGGACGGAAAGAACGGGGAGAAAAAAAGAAAAAGAGUCGGGAGAUGUUAUAAGAGGCAACGGGGCCCUGCGCUCGGCUUAAAUGCAUUUAUCACUCGAUUUGUCGGGAGCCAAUGUUGUCGGGAGCAAACACACACACACACACACACACUAUAUCGCAUUGUCUGCGCCCGCUCUAUUGUCGCUGCGUUUAUGCGUGUGAGAGAGUUGGGGGGCCGCCACCGCCGUUAUACGGAACUAAUAGUCGGGAUCAAAGGGAAUUUAGUUUGAAGGAGGGUUAGAGUUGUAAAGGGAGAGGUGGUGAAUAUUACAUGCAAAAAGGAAAUAAUGGUGGCGGUGGUGGGGACGAGCGGAAGAAGAGAAUGGAGGUACUAUGGCAACAUUGAUUCAUUUUUUUAUCCCCCCCCCUUCUAUGUGUGUGUGUGUGUGUCAUGAAAUUGAAGGGGGGAGGUGGCCCGAUCGUCGCCAGAACACUGAUGGAAGAGCCGGAAGCGGCGAAAGAAAAGGAAGGGGGGGAUAGGAUAGUUCGUUGGGUGUGAAAAAUGAUAUAAAAAUUGCGCAGGAGGGAAUAGGCGACGGGGGAAGUUUGCUCGGCAGCGAUCGGGGAAGAAAAAAAAGGAAGACACGGGGGCAAACGAUGAUGAUGGAAGAAGAACGACGUUGUGUGUGUGUUACGUCAAAGGCAGAGAGAAAAUAAAAGUGAGGGAUGCGAGAGAGCGAGCGGCCGGGGCAUCCAUUGUCGGCGAUGUGGCAAAAAUGAGAUUAAAUCCGGGACGAUGACAGAUAGUUUUGAAUUGGAAUGAACGAGUUGAGCGAGUCCUUGUGUUGGGGCGAAUAAGACGCAACUUGUAGUAUAUGUACAUAUCUUGCUCGCACCGCGCUCUCAAGUUUUACUUCCGCGUGUGUGUGUGGCAACUGCUCGCGGACGGACAUCACAGUCUCUAACGAUCAAAGCAAACCGCCGCAGCACGUGAGGGGAGAGGGGGGGGGGGGGGGGGGGUAGCAUCAGCAGUCGAGCAGAUGUCUAUAAUAAGUUGAGAGUGAUUCCGCGCGCUAGAUGAGAGAGCUGCUUCAGAAUAUUUGGAGUCUCGUCGGUUAGACUAUACGCGCGUGUAUGUCCCUCGGAGCUAUCGUUUCGGGAUUGCUAGAUGAACCGGCAGCGAGAGCGCACCACAACCACACAAGAAAGAGACAGUGUAUAAUAGUGGAAAAGCGAGAUGAUGAUGAUGGUGAUGAUGAUGAAGGAAAAAGACCAUUUACAGUUGAAUGGAGGCUCAAAGCGAAAAGAGUCUAUAGAGAGGGGAGAGACCUUGUGCAUCUCAUCAUUUUCGGCUGGAGAUCCCUCGUCAGCGAGCUAAAUCGUCUCAUUACCGGUCCCAUUCAGACUGUCGCAGUCCAAUAAGAUAAAAGAAUGGAAUCAAAAAGCGAGGAGAAAGAAGGAGCCAAUCGCUUUUUGGGCGGAUAUUUUCCGUUAGCAAACAAUCUAUGGCCUCCUCUCCAUUCGUUAUAAAUGUGACACACACACACACACACAUCAAUUCGAUUUUACAGUUUCUUAUAUUUUAUUCUUUUCUUUUUUCUUUUUCUCUUUUCUUUUGCCUUUUUGAAAUAUUUUCAAGAGACGGACAGAAAUAGAUGCGAUGAGAAACUCAUCGCCGAGAGAUCAAAAGGAGAUUGGCACAGGAAACUAUUAUUACAUUCCCUCGACAUUUUUGUUGCCUUCUUUCAACUACAUCCAGACCCACUAUUCCGAUUGUUAUUAUCUCUGUUCCCUCUUCUUUUUCUUUUUUUUUUUCUUCUUCAGCACUUAUAAUUUUAUAUUAUCGUCUCUCUCUCUCUUUCUUUAGCGCCCAGGUAUAUAUACAACGUUCAGUAGGUUCAGAGCUUUUUUAAGCGAUCGUCAAGUGUUAUAUUCUCAUUCUCUAUACAUAUAUAUUUCUCUCUCUCUCUCUCCCCUCCGCGUCCAAAUAAAUGGCCGGCGGUCUUUUCCCAUAACCUUUUGGCCACGAAAUCCUCAACUAUAUUCUUUUUAUAUUUUCAAAAGAGAAAAGAAGACGAAGAAGAAGAAUAAUGAUUUCCGACAGGCCCGUGUUGUAUGUGCCAGCGGUUCAUUACCUUACACACACACACACACACACUCACACGUAUACAUAGUAUAGAAUCUAAGAGAAUCUAAAUACCCAGCCGAAACUUUGCCCUUACAGAGUCGAGCCUUAAUUGGAUGUCGCCAGUGUUAUUCCGCAGGUUGGUGGUCACGUCACCUCUCUCUCUCUCUGUAUACACACACUCGACCUGGGCGGUGGUUGGCUCACCGUCGACCACCACAGGUAGUAUAGAAACUCACAAGAUCGUGGUCUCUCUGCGCCCAAGAAUUUAAUAAUCAUAAGAGCGAAUGCAUUGCUUUGGCUUGUACACAUGUACAUAUGUAUAUAUACGUACGCUUUUGGACAUGUAUAUUGCCUAUAGAGUGUUGCGCUGUUGGACUGUUUGGGUGGCGGCGCCUAUCCCUGUGGUCGGUCGGGGGCUGCCCGUCUCUUGUAUCACAAGGUCAGGGAGAUAUACAAGAAGAAGAAGUUCCUUUUUUUUUUUUUUUGUUUUGUUCUUGUUGUUGGUUGUUUGGCCUCCUGGCUGAGACCCUUCUCCUGGCAGACAAGGAAAUGAUGCAGUUGAUAGUCAAACCACAGAAAUAACCCACAACUCUCGGCCGUCCCUCUCUUUCUUUGCUUGAUAUUCUCUCUAGCUCCCCAUUUGGGUGACCACCGAACAACAGCACACAAAUAUACACAAAAAAAGCAUUUCUCCAGCAUAGUUCCUCUCGUCAGACCCAUACACGAUGAAAGAGAUAGAAGCUUUGGAGGGGGGUAGCAGUGGGAGCAGCACAUACUGUGAGAGCCUGAAAUGCAAAGAAAGUAUAGGGGGAAAAGCAACAAACCCAAAAAAAUCCAGAAAAAAACAACAACAACAGCUAUAUUUUAUUCCCAGUUUGUUUAGCAAUUAUGAUGGAACUGUGCCGCUACUGCUAUCAUCUAAUACUUCCUGCUAACCAGUGGAAGGCGGAGUGAUUUCGGAGGGGGGUGAAAGAUUUCCAGAGCAGCUAUAUAGCCUUGUUGGAAAUUAGAAUAACGGAUUGAUAUGUAUAUGCCUGCCGUCCGUCCGUCCGUCCCGGUCCGUCCCUCCUUCAUUCUUUUCAUAUUUUCUUACUCCUCCCUAUACUCGCCCUCUUUUCUGUUUUGCCUUGAUCCUCCAUUCCACCCCGCCGAUGACAACGAUGGAUGGCAUCAAAAAGUUGGAGGCUCCGAGAAAAAUCGUGACUGAUUUGUGGGGCCCUGAAUGAGAUGCUAAGUCGAUCGUUUAUAAAGCCCCCUCUCUCUCGCUCUCGCUCUUCCUGAGCUCUUCUUGGUCCCUCGGCUCUUGUGAGGGACCUGGAGGGGUCGGAUGAUGGAACCCAUUCACGUGGGUAUUGCUAUGCAAUGCAUUUGCUCUCUCUAUGGGAGAAAGAGAAAGAGAGAGAGAGAGAGAGUCCCAGAGUUCAGUCGGUUAUAUAUAUAUAUCCAGUAGGGAGGAACGAAAUUAAAUGCCGGCUGUCACUGCCAGCGUGAACACGCCGCUCCGGGAAAUCGUGCCGUUGUUUGGGCUGCUCGGCAAACGGGGCGGCGUGUCUAUGUGUAUAAGGAGAGAUAGUGCAAGGACAAAUGAACAUUUUUUCUCUCUCUCUCUCUCUCUCUCUCUUUUUUCCCGAUUUUUGUUUUCCAAAUGUAUUAUAAUCGUAGAAAAUAUAUAAAAGAUUUAUAGGGAAUAAGAAAGACAGUGUAUAUUAUAUCUAUACGUAGGAGGGAACAAACUCGAUGGGGGAGGGGGAGGACAACAAAAAAAGGGAACGCCGGAGAUGACGCAAAAGAAUGGUCCGAAAAGAUUGAAACGAUAUCAAGGCAGGCGGACACGAAGAGCAGCAGCAGCGAGGGCUUUGAACAAAUGGCGUUUUUCCCAGAAAAAUGGGGGCGAAAAUGUAAAAGAGAAGAAGAAGAAGAAGAAAAAGCGCAGGGGAUACACAUAGAAACCAAAAGGGGGGAAAAAGUGGGAGCAUUGGUAAAGAAAUGAAGCUUCCUCUUUUUUUUCUUCUUUAUUUCUUUUUUGUGUGUGAUUGAGAAGAUUAUAAGAAAACGACGUCGAGCGUCGUUCUUUUCUUCUUCGCCAUUGGACGUGCAUCAUGCAGGAUCAACGCGGGCCACAAGUUUCCGGCGACAGGGCCCAACGAAAUCGAGUGAACGAACGAAAUAAAAGAAAAAGGAAAAAUAAAAAAACGACGAUAAUGUGAGUGUGGCACAGAUGUUGCGUCAUAAGCGAUUGUGGGCGCCCUAUUAGAAAACGUUGAGAAAGUGCAGUCAGGUGGACGCAUCGGGGAACGAGGGAACCUUGUUACGUUACUUCCCCCAUAGGCAUCGCUUACCUCAUAUCCUAUACACACCAUCGACAGAACACAAGCACACACACACACACAACCCCGAAACGUUAUAUCGUCUGUACUGGAGCAACCAAAGUAUAUUGGCUGGUAAUGAGGAGAUAUAUAUCAGCCACCGCAAAAGCCACGAUAUAGUGAGAGUUAGAGGAGGGAUAUGAACAGAAAGAAAAAAUAGAACUGGAAUACAUAUUUACCAAAGAGGGGAAAAAAACCAACAACAAAACAUCAAGGGCAGGCGACGGGCAGACGGCAUAUUUGUCCAUGUUCGGAACCUAAUCCCGUUGCCCCCACGUUUUGUUGGGUUGAACGAAUGCGCGCACAUACACACAUAUACAUAGAUAUGUGCAUGUGUACCAUCAGGUCUGUGGGGGACUUCAUGUUUCCCUCAUGUAAAGGAUGACAAGCGCCCAGGAUGAGAAGGAAGACCACCCUAAUAUCAGAUUAUAUUCCAAUUUUUUCUUUCUUUUUUUCUGUUCGUCUCUUUUUCUCUCUUGUGUUUUUUCAGGGGAGUUUGGUUGGAAGAAGAAAAAAAGAUGGGGGGGUUUUGCCUUUUCCGAAAGCGGAGCUCUUGUGAUCUAUACGGUGGUAGGAGGAGCGCUCCUUCUCGAUUUCUUUCCUUGGAACGAAGGACGGACCGAUCGAGCUCUCUGCUCUCUCUCUCACACACUUGUAGGGCUGCGAGCGAAGCGAGUGCCUCUGAUUGCUGCUGCCAUCUGGAUUGGACAUUUGAUUCAUUUCACAGGAAUCUCACUCGGGUCUAUCGUAUUUUUCUGGGGAAAACUUUGGUAUCCUGCAAGACUUUGAUGGCCGUUUCUAUUCCAAAUGACAGCUCUCCUAUAGACUUGUCGGCGGAAAGUUACCCAACUGCGACUGAAAAUUGCCUUUUUUUCUUUUCGAAUUUCCCCGUCUUCUAUAGUGGCUGACAAUUAAAUGGGAAAAUUCUUCGAAACUUUUCAAGUAUUCCCAUUUUGGUUGUUUUUUCUAGGUUAGAAGAUUCCAUUAUCUGAUAAGCCUUUUGACAUGGUCGUCAUCGUCGCUGAAUUCGAGAUACUAUGAAAAACGUACGAAAUGUGUCAGCAGUUGUCCUCGUUUCCAAUUCCGCCCCGCUCUUAUUAUUAUGCGUUCCCCUCUAAUGGUUUUAGAUUGCGAUUAAAUAGACUUUUCUCUCUCUCUUCUACUGGCUGGCAAUAGUCUAAUACAGUUGUGACGACGAUGGUAAUGGCUGAUGCGUGUUUAUCGCUCAUUGACUGAUUCAUCAGUCCAACAUUUCCGACCGUUAUUUUUGAGGAAAUGUGUCCCGAAAGCAAACAUUGUCAGCCGUAUUUAUAACGCAAUAGUUUCUUUCACUCUUUAUAACUGGCGCGCGGAGCUACUAGAGCGUAAAAGGAGUGGGGGCCCGUCGACGACAAAGAGUGAUUGAAGUGCAUCGGCGAAUCGAUUUUCUUUACACAUUUUUCUUCUUUUUUUUCUGUCUCGGCUCGAAUGACUUUCGGAUUGUUCUGAUUAUAACGAGACUUUGUUUUUCCCCUUCUCUCUUUUUUUAUUUUAUUUUUAUUUGUCGAGUGCCGAGCCAAUCCGGAGAGCUGAGGCAAUACCAGAUCGUAAUGGUUGAUGCGUGUUUAUUGCUCAUUGACUGCUGCUGAUCAGCUCAAACCGAGAGUCAACCGAGCGUUAUUUCUCCCGAACGAUGGCGGAAACGGCCCGGCUGACGAUGGGAAAUAGUUCGACGCCAAACGAAAAAAACAAAACAAAAAACAUUGUCCGCGCUACGGAUAAUAUUCCGACUGAAAAUUCGAGCUCCUGUGCAGAGUGCCACAUUUCGUGACGGAGAAUGAUUCGAUUUAUAUGCGAUAACAGCCGCGCAACAGCCAUCAUAGAUCAACCGGGGAAAAAAAACUCCCGGCGUACAAUAUAGUUGUUGAAGGGAAAAUAACCGGGUGAUGAUCAUUAUUGUAUCGGUAGUUUAUAGUUUUUUUGUUUGUUUUUUUCUUUUCUUUAUUUUCUUUUCUUUUGCAAGGGAACGACGACGUGACUUUGAAACGUACCGUGGUCUGUCGUAAAUGAACAUGCGGUUUGUACUCUUCUUCUUCUUCUUUCUUUUUCUUUUCUCUUUCCAACAUUGUUGCACACACACGACCGAUAAUUGAAGGCCACCAAUCUUUUAUCACGCGUGAUGUGAAAGGUGGUCAAUUGUAAUCGUGUUAUUUGUGAGCAGUUGCCUCGGGACAUGCUUCCCUCUCUUCACGCCCGAGAUAUAUGGCCAUUCCAGGGGCACCCACACAUGCAGCGCAAUCAUCAAGUUUGUAUGUGUGUGUGUGUGUAUAGGUAAUAAGCCAAGCUUCAGUUAGAAGAAGCAAAACACAUUUUUUUUCCGAGAGAGAGUGAUUAACUGAGUUUUGUGUACUUAAAAGUUGCCGGAUGAGAAUGCGUGAAAGUCGGAAAGUCGCCCGAUUUUUAUAGACUCACAAAAGCGGGGGUGGAAUUUUAGGACAAAAUAAAAAAACAAAAUACAAAAAAACGGGUGCGUGUUUCUAUCGCAUUGAUCAAACACAGCGCUGCUGACCGCGGCUCUACCACCUAAUUUCCGUCCAAUAAAUGUCGGCCACCCGAAAACAUUGUCAGCCGGCGUUUACAUUAUACAAUAUUUUUAUGUAUUCGUACCCGAGAAAACUGCUCCUAAAUAUGGCUGUGUUGUUGUGUGUACAUCUGCGCAACGGCGAAUCAGUUCUGAUGUCGUACUGCACGCUAGUUACAGUUCAGAUCUAUAUACUAUCCGGUUUGAAUUUCAAGUCGGUCAUCUGGAAUGAAUUUCCACGAGCAGAUGAGAUGAGUCAAUUUCUGUACACCAUCUCCUGGGUUGGAGGGUUGGGGGGAGUAGAUGAGAAUUUAUGUUGAACGUGUACUCUGUAACCUCCAUUUUCUUGGCUUUUUCAUCUUCUUGCCAUUGCAACUCGGGUGUAUAUUCACAGGACCGAAAAAGCAGUUUGAGAGUCCAGCGAGCGCAAUGUGGUGGGCGCACAUGUUUCUGGCUAUCGUGACGGAUACAAAUGCACAUGUCUUGCUCCGCUUCGUCUUCUCUUUUCUAUUCCGUUAUUAUAGUAUACGUCGUCCUCCCUCGUCUCUUCUCUUCCACCCUCCGGAUUACACGCGGUCCUGACUUUGAAUCGGUUCUUCUUUCGGUUAGCUUUUUCUUUCUUUCGGCUGACCAUGAAAUCGGAAACUCUCUCUGCUGGCCAUCUUUUCCUAUAAAAGCUGCGAGUCUUUCAUCGUUGGCAAUUCCUCCGUCACACAACGGGCCGACGGGAGAGAAAAAAAAAGGUUAUAUUAUGCCGAGUAAGGUUGCGCAGUAGAUACUAUAGAAAUGAAAAGAAACAGACAUCAAAUGUAUUCUCCUCUCAUCUAAUCAUAAUUGAUUACGUGCGCGCUUUCAAUGUGCGCCAUAGGUUGGAUGAGGUGUGUUUGUAUGAGCAAAAAAAAAAACUUUUUCGGGUUGUUUAUCUGAUGUCAGUUAAAUAUUCUAUCAUGCGCGCGCUGUACACACACAGACAAGAAGAGAUUGCGUGUUCGCUGUGAAUACGAUCGAGGCAAAAAAUAUAAAGGAGAAAAAUAUUAUACUACAACAACAAAAAAAGAGAGUACACAUACCGGAUCCAAUUUUUUUCUUUCUUUUUUUAGAGUAACCAUCUGCCGCACGUAGACAUUUGAUGAUGAGAGGAGAAAGACGAGUGAAAAGAGGAGGGCGUGUUCCGAGAGUCCCUGCUACCUCUAUAUAACAGUUCGGCUAGUAAAUAUAUAGCGUAUAUAAGCUAUUGCUCUCAACAUUAUUCCAACCCAACAGGGAAUUUUUUUUUUCCUUCCCAUUAUGAUGAUGAUUUUCUAAUAUUUUUAUUAGAUCGUUUCUCCGUCCUAUAUGUCUGGCGCAGCCGUUUUUGUGAAUUAAAUGUAACUUUUUUUUAAUGCACAAAAAAAUGAACCGUAAAGACCGGAAGCUUUUGUAUACGGAAUUUCGAUGAGUGUUAUUUUCUAAAAAAAAAAGUAUUGAGAGAAAAAAUAAUAAGGCGAUGACGAGUGAGAGCACCGGCAGACAAAAAAGAAACUCCCUGCUUGGAAUUAAAAAAAAAUUUUGAACAUUAAACAAGUUAAUGGGGAGAGAAACGGCCAGCGGAGAGGUGUUGCACACAGAAGGGACGAUGCGUGAAGAUAGGCGUCCCGAUUUCCGUCCAACAUCAAAAUGCAAUAAAGCCUUUACCCCCCUUCGUACUACAUCAUUCGUUCCCUAUGGACGUCUCUCCUUUCCUUUUUUUUAUUUGAGUUGUAUUUUUUUUCACUUUUUUUAAUAUCAAUUUUUUUUUUCUUUCAAUUUUGGUAUGGCUUCCUCAAGCUGAGAUCGUGUGGAUUACACCCGUCAGAAGUUCAACGGGUACGCGUUGUAUAUCAUUUAAUAUUUUUAAAAAAUAUAGAGCGAAUAAAUAUAUAAUAAGGCGGUUAGACUUGCGAGAUUCCCGUGUAAACCGACUUGUCUCUCUGUCUGUGUAAUCAUUUUUCGUUUUUUUUUUUUUUUUUUUUUCUUGUUUUUUGUUUCGUUUGCUUGUUGGUUUAUCCAAUUAUUAUUUAUCGACUCGAGUGGCUUUCGGAAUGGGCUAAUGAUUGGAGGGCGGUCAAUGAGAACAGAGAACAAUUGACAACCGCAGACCGACGAAGAGAGAGAGACAAGGACAUAAGGAUAUAGAAGAUAAAGCUGAGAAGGACAACUUUUUUUCUUUCACCGCAUUUGAACGACUUCCCGACAUGACAGAAAUAGAAUCGCAUAAUGGUUGCUGGCGGUGUACCGUUGUAGUACACCUGCUACCCUUUGAUUUGUCCAAGGAUUUGUCACAGAGGAUUCACAACAUCAAAGGAGAAGGAAAAGAAAAUACAAGAAGAAGAAGAAAAAAAACGAGGAAACGACUGUGACGGAGAAACCCGUCUUUUGUCCGAUCUGCACUUAAACAUUUUAUAUCGUACAUUUUUUUUUUAUCCAAUAGCGUUUUAAGUCGUGUUGAACGAAUCAAAUAGAGUGUACACGUGUGGAAAUAGAGUCGUCAGGUUUUUUUGGGGGGGAAUUUGUCUUUUCGGGUCAUUUCAAUAGUUAGAGAAAUCAAUUCGCAUUACGAAUAUCGUGAUACUGUUUUUUUUUUGGCAAGCGGAACGGCAGAAAUGCGGGCUAGAGUUUUCGUGCUUGAAGGUUGUUGCUAGCCCGUUCGAGAUUCGAUCAAACAUGUUAAAAACGCAAAAUUUGGCACGUGUUUAAGGUUAAUUUCAACAUUUGUUUGGGGGAUUUCCACAUUCGCACACGGACAAACACAAUCUAACUCCCAUUAUUCAUCUAAAUAACCUUCAGAUUGAAAAGGAAGGAAAAAGAGAGGAAGAAAAAGUAAGCAAUUCCUCGUCAUCUUUUAUUUUAUUAUUAUUUUUUUUUUUUUCUUGUUGAAUUCUUUCUGGAAGACGCUGAUUCAUUCGAGGCGGGCGGCCGCUCGUUUUUCUCGACGCUACACAAACCAUGUGUUUGAUUUUUAACGAAAAUUGAAGGACGAGAAGGGUUUUUCUCGUUUUUUUUUUCUGGGAGGAAAUAUAAUGGCGCCACUCUACCGUGACCAAUAACCCGUCAAGGCAAAAGAACCGUCAAUUAAACAGGAAAAUGCCUUGUUGUUUUGUGGGAGUUUUUUUUCUUCCCUUUUUUUGUUAUUAUUAUUUCUUUAUAUUCCUUGUUUUUCUUUUGUGUGUGUAUUGCAUUUUUAGUGGCUUGUUUUGUGAUGCUCGUUCGUGGCGAAAUGUUUCCAGGUCCUUUUUUUGUUGUUGAUUCCUUGAAGGAAAAAAGGAAAGAAAAAAAACGACUAAACAAAGUUUCGAAAUAAUAUUUUUUACUUUUUUUUUCAAAUAAUUUCUCUAAAGAAUAUAAUAAUCUUGUGAAAUUGCUGAGAACGGUCGUCAUCCUCUUUCAUGCCGGGAUCGUUUGAUUUUUUUCUUCUCCUUCUAGUAAACACAAAAGUCGUCGGAAACGUGGCAAAUAAAACUCGUCGGGAGGAUAGAGGGAGUCAAAAAUCACGAUCGAUGAAAAAUAUGCUACAAGCGAACGCGCAGCGGGUCAAAAAGAAAUCACGAACGACGAGUGUAACGAUAUAUAUAGCGUACAUAAUAUUCCGUAUGAUAUCCUUCUCUAUAAAAAUCGAUCUCUUUUUCUUUUCUUGCCUUGACUAACAAGAAGCUUCUCGGUAUAUUGUGAGGGGAAAAAAAGCUUCACGUCUGUUUAUGCACGGAGUGAUGACCUCCUUCGCUCCUUUUGUCGAUUCCAUCGGUUAUGCAUUUCGCGUAUUUUUUUUUUGUGCGUUGUUUGUUUGCCCUUGCUAUAUGCGCAUGUGACACUAUCGCAUCAACAGGGUCGCCCAGUCAGUCAUCGGAAUUGGUUAGAUUUCUUUUUUUUUAUUAUUAUUUCUUGUUUUGUUUUUUUUUAUUUGUUGACGGUGCCGGGGAUAGAAAAAUAAAAAAAAAUAGCAAUUCUUUUUGACAGAACUUUUCUUUGAUUCCCUCAUGUCCAUAUGUGAUAUCUUAAUGUCCUGGAGCGGCUCGAUCUUUGGAACGUGAGAGCCUUUUCCCGACGUCAGUUUCGGUCUAUUUGUUCGCCCGAUGAGAAGAGACUGGCAUUUUGGCAAUGUAAACGCUUCUACGUUGUUCUAUGAGCUUCGACUUGAUUAUCGGGCAAGACCAUGUACGUGUUUGGCUCAUUUUGCAUCUCUGCUUUCGGUCGUUGUGAAUUUUGAUCAAAAGUUAAUUAUUAUUCAAGGCUAAUGGGAAAUUGUUUUUAUCAAGGCCCCAUUCCCUCCUACUUCUUAUUUUUCCGGAAUAUACACGUCCAUUAUAUGUGUGUGUGUGUGUGUGUGUGCGUACUCUUCUUGCGGUGCUGCGAGGCAAGCCACAAAAUGUCUGUUUCACUGAUGGUAUAAACUCGUUUCGGAGCGCCUCCUUGUGUUUAGAUUCUUCUGCGGUACCUCCAGUCCCCCACCCAUUUUUCUAUCGUCUUCUUCUUCUUCAAUUUCUUACAAUUUCUUCCCUUUUUUUUACCUCCCCAUUCUUUUAUUAAGAUUACCUAAUUACCCUCAUCUCUUCGGCUUUUUUGUGAUUCCCUCCCUCUCAUUGUCCUGUUGUGCUAAGACCUCCUCUCCUUUCCCAUAGUCUUACAAUUUAUAUGCGCACGGUAUAACUUCUCGGCUGGGGUCUCUCAUAUUCUCCUAUUCUCCGCCGUGCACAAGACCCCAUAAAAAUCAAAACCUCUCCAGGAGAGAAAAAAAAAAAAUACUCGUCUUCUUUUUGGUUUCCACCCCAGUGCUGUCUUUCCUGCCCAUCUCUUCCAUUCUUCCAUCUCUACAUGGAGGCCGAAUUCGUGUUACCGUGUCAAAAAUAAAUGUCGAGGUAAACUGGUCGUUCGGAUUAUAUUCAGAGGAAGAUCACAACGGCAGCAGGUGAUGCAAUGUGGGUAGUAGCCUGUAAUUCCCCCCCAUCGGCCGCCGCACACCUUUGUGACUUUUUGCGAGCGCUAUUUGAACGGGAUAAGAGAUAUACUAUACCGCCCUGAUUUGUAUUAUACAUUCGGAUUCUUUUGGCGUUUCACACUAACAACGACGCAUCAAACUGAUGGUGGCCCCGUGGAGUUUUUCUGCCAAAAAGCUCGAGACCCACUUGGGCGCUGUCCCAAUCGAUCUAUUCCUUAUUCUUUUCUUGUACAUUUCCAACUGGGGUCGUUUGCAAAAGGUAAGAAAAGCCAGCAGCAGCAGCAGCAACAGCCAAAUGGAAAUAACUGGACAAAAAGGCGGCGCUGGCAUGAAGUGAAAUCUAAAAAAGCGCUAUACACAUCUCGGAAAAUGUUUAUGUAUAGUUGUAUGCCCAUACAUCAAAUAGGAGAGCUAUAGCUGCGUAUAUAAAUACAAGACGUAUAUAUAUACAGAGAAAAAAAAGAGACUUGUGUCCAUCCCCGCUGUGGGGAUGGAUUUUUAUGGCGCUAGCGGAGCCCAAAGACUUGUCACUUAGCCCAAAGAGUAAUUCUUCUUCUAUCUUACCAGCGCUCUCUGCUCCUGCCCGCUUCUCUACCUUUUUUUUCUUCUUUUCCUUAUGGCCCGGCCUCUCUCUCCGUUUUUUUUUUUUAGCUGGCCCGUGUUACGUUUGUUUGACACCUCCAAACUUUUUCCACCUUUUUUUUCCUUUUUUGCAAAACGAUUGUGAGAGAGAGAGCCGCAUCUUUUCGAUGGAAAAAAAAAGAAAUCCAACCCCCCCAAAAGAAAAACAACACGUGGGGCAGCAGGAACAGAAAUUGCUUUGGAACCUUUAAGACCUUUCUCUUUUUUUUUUCCUUUUUUCCUUUUUCCAAAUUUAUUAUUCCCCAAAGAAAAUCUCCCGUCUUCUUGUAUUUUUCCUUCCAAGGUAUAGAAAUGUCGUGUUGUUGUGGUAGAAGAGCAUUUUGAAAAGCUAUACACAACAAUUGGGAAGAAUCGCUAUACCAUUUCGCCCUUGGUGGCUAUGUGUGUUUUGUUAUAUGUGUUAUGUUCACGUUGCACAGUCCAGGCGACUGGCCGAAGAAAAGAAGCGGAAAUGAUAUGAAACUAAACUAAAUCAAUUCGAAAUAUAAUAUCGUCUGAGGGGGAAAAAAAGAUUCGGAAUUUUUUUUUUCAAAUGGGAAUGAUAUACCAAACAAAUUCUCGGCAUACGCGUUGUGCACUGGCCCGUGUUUAGCCCCAGUCAAGCCCAACCGAGCCGGUUUCGUCACACUUAAGAAAGGAAGAAUUUCGGUGCUGGGUUCAUCGGCGUAACAGUCGACGGGGUCUUGUGCCAUGCAUCAUUCUGCCACGGUCCUUUGAGCAUCUUCAUCACAAUUCUAUUUACACGAUUUAAAUUUUACCCCAUCUUCUAUCUUUCUAUUUACCCCAUCUUCUUUUUUUCGUCCCCGGAAAAGGGAAAAAAAAACCUGCUGGAUCUUGUGUGUCUUUUAUAUUGUCGCUGAACUGAGCCUAUGCCUUUAACGAAAAAUAAUUUUUUUUUCUCUGCUUCAUUCGUGAGCCGAGGCUACGGUCGGAUGGGUGAUUUUUUCUUCUUCCUUGUUUUUUUUUUUUUUUUUCGUUUUAUUUUACAAUCCGCCCCCAUAUAGUCGCCACGGCUGAAUGCUGUCGGCACAGUAUCAUAAUACCCUUCUAUAUUUACCGUAUCCAGCCUAUAUGUCUGUCUUGUUUUUCUCCCCUUUUCGAUAUACACUCGAACGCAUCUAAUAUGUUCUUGUGUAUUACAUAUGCGCCAUACCCUUUAGCCCCGCUCGUUUCAUCCUAUUCUGGACCAAAAGCAGCAGCAGCAGCAGCACAAGAGAGAGAGAAAAAAAAAGUUUCGAAUUCCCUUCUCUCUUCCGCACACAGCGGUCUAGUGUAUUGCAUUACUAAUGAAUUGGAUCAACCAGAUGGCGCUUUGUUAUAUAGAAUAGAGGCAUAUUAAAUUUACCAAGAACCGCUUCUUUUUCUCCUUCCUCUUCGCUCGGUUCCAUCUCCUAACAACACCCCAUCCGCCCAGCAUUCAUUUAACGCAUUAGACAUCUACAGCGUGUGUUUUUUAUUCUUUCUUUUUUCUUCUUUUUCAAGAGUGAGCUGGUGGCGGUGGUUUACUGUAAUGAAUGCUAGACUCGCACUGUUUAGUCAUUCUAACGCUCCGGAUUGUUUCCAUGCAGGCACCUUGUAACAAAUAACAAAUGAAAUUAAAAAUAGAAAUUGAAGGAAAAAACCCCUGAACGAAAAAACAAAAAAUCGAAUGGGGCCGACUCUACAACAUGCACAUUGUUUUCCAUACGUAAUGACUUCGGUGCGCGAGAGAGACUCACGUCGGUAGGAGUGAGAGAAUAUAACAUUCGUGAAUAUUACAUGUAUGCAUAUAUAUAUAUACAGGCGAGAGCCGGCCGCUGCUGGUGUGUGUGUGUGGGUUGCAAAAGUGGUAUGUGUGUGUGUAUAAUGUAGCGUAUUCAUUAUGAUGAUUAUUUGCUUUUGUCUUUCACUUGACACGAAACUCUGACGGCGGCAUUUUUAUUUUUCUGUUUUUUUGUUUUUUUUCAUCCACUGAAUUUGUGUGUGUGAGCGAUGCAGGAACUGGACGUGAGUCGACGUGCGCCAUAUAUCGCGGCGCAACAGACGCUCCGGCGUCGAGAGUUGUCUAAACAUCAUCCGCACACCACUAACAAAAAAAUAAAUAAAUCUAAAUAAAAGGGGAGAAAAAAAAGUGUAUCUAAUAAAGUGACACGUUCUCUUGAUUUUUGUUUUCAAAACUUUUGACGUAUUUUUUUUUCUUGAAACGAAAAUAAUUGAUAUGGGAUUGAUUUGCAUCCGUUUUUUUGUGCGCGGCGUAUAGGGGACGUCGAGGUGAGGCGCGUCGUGCGGGACCGUAGAGAAUUUAAUGCCCCGUACACGCUAAUUGCGACCGUUGUUUCUAAUGUAUAUUUUAUGAGUGACAUCCUCACAGAGCUACAGCAGUCACUUUGAGUUCUUAUUCCUCAUGUCCCCCAUCAUUCUGCCUUUUUUAUUCAUACGAUCACGGCAUUUAUUUUUUUCUUUUUUAAAUGCUGCUGUGGCCGUAAUCAUAACCAUCAGGUCUCUACCACCACUACGUGUGUGUCUUUUUUUUUCCUCUCUCUUUCUCGGCUACGGGCUAUAAUAAACAACGGGGGAAAAAAUGAAAAACCAUUUUCGUUUUUAUCAAAUAAGGGAGAAGAGAAUUUACCGUACAGUAUGUUACUAGAUGUGCCCUUUGAAUGAUACAACAACACUUAAUACAUUUCUUUUGCCUCCUCGGGUAAGUGCAAUCGGACAUAAAUGCAAUAAAGUGUUCCCCUAUGUGUGAGAGGCGUCAUUUUCCCUCGACUAACCCUCCUUCCUGCUGGCCAUAUUGGAACUGGUAGCCUCACUGCCUCAUCUCUCUUAUCUUUCCGUAUGUACCCAUUUGAAAAUGCUGUUUUUUUUAAGUCUUUUAUUUUUUGGGGGAAAAGAAUGUAUCGAAUUAUAAGGUUCGAAGCCGGAUGAUGACUUUCGCCGCUUAAUGAACGACAUGGCCGAGGGUUGUGUGGAACAGAUUUUUGGUUUUUUAAAAAGGGCAGUUGGGUAUAGGGUGAUAUUAACAGCCAUGACGACGACACCGCACGAAGGGUAGAAAGCCGGGAAAAUUGGAGAGGUCGAAAAUCUAAUAUUAUUAACGGGGCAAAGCCCUUUUUUGUUUUUCUUUUGAUGAUGAUGAUGGCAACACACAAACGUGUGUAGUGGGUACACUAUGCGCUUCAACUGAAACAAUCGACCACACUAGAGGCUGCUCAUCUCUGCAGCCGACCCCGGCAUUCUUCCCCCAGCUGAAUCAGACGAGAGAAGAAGAAGAAGAGUCUUUUCUGCACGCACACCCCACACAAUAUCGUGGAGCGAGCCUCCUCCGACGGGCAGACUACACUCAAAGCAAUUCAAAGAGUCAAACAUCGGGGUCAGCCGUGCGGUUCGUGGGAAAAUGAAAAAUCACAUUGCCAGCAGUCGCUGCCGCUCUUUUGCUUCUGCUCCACCACCACCACCACCACCACCACCUCGAGCGCCCACAAGAAGAUAGAAGGUGGUCGGUCGGUUGGUCGUCCUAUCUCCGCUACGCUCCAGUCGGUUCGCUCUUCUUCUUCUACUUUUCGGUGGAUUGUUUUGGUGAGUAGGUAGAAGGAGAAGAACCGAGGAGAGUCAGAGAGGAAGCCCAACACGCGGGGCUAUUGUCUUCGACGUAUAUAGAAAACAAACCCCGACGAGCUUUUCUAAAAAAGAAUUUUUAUGAAUAAAGAAAAAGGCCUCUGGUAAAAAGAAACAAAAAUGUGGAAUUUUCUCUUUUCGGGUUCUGCUCGUGAGGUCAACUAUAUCAAAGUUUUGUACGUUAGACGGAGUGCUGCGGUGUGAGUGUCUCUCCUCGUAUUUAUUUAUAGGGUGGAAGAGGUUAGCAAAAUACAAGAGCAGCGGGUUACUACUCGGAAAAAAUAUGCGGAGAUGAAAGCUUGUUGUUCCCCUUCUUGUCGAUUUAAUAGAUCUAAUCGGAAACCAUCUUUGACCUCCCAAGACGAACGGGGCGAUGUGUGACCACACGAUCUUCCCCACUCUCUCUCUCUGUCGUACUCCCGACCUUUUAUUAUUUUCUUCAGGCAGUCACGUGUGUGUCUUUCUGUGAGGAACUUUUGAGAGCUUUAUUUUGUCGUUUCCUCUUCCAACUGUCACAACACACCAGUCGUUACGACGUCUAGGGUUUUUCGCCGUUACUUUCUCUCAACUCCUUUUGAUUACCGCGACGAUUUGAUUGGACGUGACGAGGCGGAACAUAUUCGCCCCACCAUUUUCCUUUCCGUUUUUCUGACCGCGGACAAAAUACAAGAAUUUCACAAAGCAAAUAAUAAUCAUUUUUUUUUACUUCUUUUCUUUCUUUCCUUCUUUACGGCCCCCGUACCCAUCAUUAAAAUAAAAACGAAAGGGACAGCGCGCGGUAGCACAAAUCUAUUUGACAAGUAGCGGGAUAUGGAAUCAAAAUGAAAUGAUAAUAUAAUAACGAGUCGUAACAACCAGAAUAAAGGGCGACUCGGUUCCGGGGAAAUUUGAAGCGACAAAUAAAAACGACGCGGUUCCACUUUUUUUUAAUUUUUUUUAGGGAAAGACAUUAAAAGUCAAAAUAUGGGGGCUAAAAGGCUCGAGCAAGAAAAGGAAGCGCGCUCCAGAGUACUGUAUAAGAUCUAUAAAAACUCGGAAGGUAUUACGUUCCAUUUUGAUUUUGACAUUUCUCAGAUCCUCUUUUUUUUCCUUUUCUUUUCUUGUUUCUUAUUUUAUAAUGGGAAGCGCACAUGUAUAUCAUUCCCCCAUCAACCCUCUCGACUGUGCAGUCCUUAAAUAUUUAUGUACUGAUGGCAAUUCGUUUCAAAGGAAAUACGAACAUCAAAAAGAUAUUCGUUGUGUCGUUGCUUUUUUUUUCUCGGUCGCUGGGCUCGCGGUGCUAAAACUGGGAGGAACGCGGGAGGAUUGCGCAUCACGCAAAAGCGUAUCUAGGCAUCGGCAACUGUUUUCUACGGUCUUGGUGGCACAUUGAAAUGCGUGCGUGUGCUGGAUUCGAGGGGAAAAAACACAAACCCAAAAACACACCGGACGCGAGAAAUUGAGAUUUAUAUUAUUUAUACGCAUAUGGCGUAUGUAGAGGUCUAUACACGCAGCAGGAGUAGCUAAGUUGGACGGUAUUCCGCUUGAUGCUUUAUAGCAAAUAUUCUUUACAGUUACGUCCAAGUUAUUACAUAUUUUUUUCUAAGAAAAAAGAAAAAUAGGAGAACGUUUUUCUUACAGGGGGUUGAUGGGAGGGUCAGGUCAUUGAAGACUCGAAACAAAAGAAACGAAGGAAAGUACUAUUAAAUGCGUGUAGGUACGUAUGUGCAGUUUAAAAUAUAAUAGGUAAUAUAAGACGGGCAGUAAAUAUAAUAUGGACCAAAAACCCUAUAGCUAUACACAGAGUCUGGGCUACAGGGAACCCCUCUCGUGAGUGAGCGUGCAGACUUGUAUUUUUUUUUCCCUUCAUAUUUCUGGGUGUUGUUAUUUCGUAACCCAUCCACCCCACCUUAUUCUUUUGUUGUUGUCCUCGACUUCUUAAAUCGUAAAAACCAAAUCUUUUCGCAUCACGCACGACGACAAAAAUGAAAAAUUGUCUUCAAAACGGACCCCGAAAACAAAAGGAAAUCACACCGCAAAAUCCCCUUUUACAGGAAUAAAAAGCGACUUUCCAACCAUAUAACAGCUGUGUAGCUAGCUGCUAGCUGUAUACGCGUGUGUGUGUCUAUAGAGGGAGAUAAGCACCUUAUAUACGCAACAUGCGGAGUACAUAAUACUUUGCAUGCGGCAGUGCCCGCACAAACACGCAAAGACCCACCGGUAAGGUGCGCACACAGAAACGUUGGAUCCAAACAACAGCGUGAAGCUUUUUGUUUCGUUUCGAUUAGAUUUUAGAAGGGAAACCCCAACGCUGACUACAUCAAAAAUUAAAAACACCCCCCAAAAAACACCCAAAAAAGCCGUUCUUCUUCUUAUUCUUUCCUUUUCGGUCUCGAUCUUCUUGACAAGCGCAACCUUUUAAUAGGUCCCACCGCAAUCUCGAAAGCGAGAAGCGCAGAAUGUGUCCCAUAUUUUUUUGUUUUUGUAUUUUCUGUUUAUAUGCGCGACGACCCUUGUAGCUGCUGCAUGCUGCCCCUCAUUUCCAGUAUAGCGCUCACGCAUGGAUGUGUAUAAUUCCGAAAUGAAGAACCCAAGAAUGGAUGGGAACUCUGCCGGUCUUUGGCAGGCAGACAAGACACACACACACACAUACUCCUUAUAUCCCGCCGUCUUUCUGGCGUCUCUCUCUCUCUCUCUCUCUCUCGCUAUAGACAUCCCCAAAAGUGUUUGAAUACAAAAAAUAACCCACCCGAGAGAGAAACUCAAAGAAAAAAAGUAUAAAUAAGAAGGGCCGAGGCGUGCCUAAUGAAUUUGAUAAUGUAAUAAUGGUGGCUAUUGUUAUUACGUGCCGAGCUAAUGAGAAAGAAGAAGAGAGAAAAGGGGGGGAGGACUCUUACGGUCUAUAUGCUCCUUGUUCACGGCAUGGCGAUGGCGAGGAUUCUACGAUCGUUGUUGGCAGCGGCGUAUAAUAACGAACGCUCACACAAGCACAGAUUCCACGUGUCUUCUGGCGAAGUGGAAGGGUGGUUGGGUGGGGGUGGGGAACCAAGUCUAACUUGCAGCAUAUAUAUAGCAAGUACUAUUACAGCAUUCUUUUGAUGUUGGGCGACCCCUAUGCGCAUCCUUGGGAUGUGGAUUGUUGUUAUGACGCUGUAUACUAGUGUACAGAUGUUUAUUGGGAUAGGGUGAAGAAUUUCUUGUCUAAUUUUAGGUCCUCAACUUUUCGGCUUGUUGUUAUACACCAGGAUGUCGUAUAAUUUGCGCUUUAAAACUCGAGAGGACGCGACAACGACGACCCAGAGGUUUAUCAUACGAAGAGUUGUUGUAUUAUACGUAUACGUGUAUACGUCUACCCGGAGGUUCCGCUGUUGAAGAGGAAAAGGCUUGAGCGCAUAAUAUUAUUAUCUGGGAAAUGAACAGAGGAGGAAGAAACUAAAAAAAAAAAAUCUAAAGUUCCUUAAUGAAUUCAACUUUGUUUAGGGAGUUGCAAAGGCCGGAAGAAUCCGACAUUUGAUUCAGUUUGAAGGGUUAGUUCACUUCCUGACGGGAUGGAGUGUGCCGAAAGUUUUUUAGAGAACAUUUUUCUGCCUCUGUGAUGUUGUUGAAUAUAUUGAACAAAUUGUAUUUUAUUUAUUUUUUAAAGUGGCAAUGACUUCAUUAUAGACACUCUCUCCUCUCUCUCUCUCUCUCUAUUACGCUACCACUAAAAGGAGAGGGGGGGGGGGACUUGAAAGUUGCAAGCGGCGGCCUUCUCUUUUGAUUAACGUCCUGAAACGUUAUGUCGUUCAUUGCCCAUUUCCGUCUCUCUCUCCCUUUGGAAAAAAAUAUGAUAAAUUGCUUAUACAACAUUCUCGAUUUGAAAUACACUUUUGAUUAAGUGCAAUUUGGGAUUCUGUUUGAAUCUCCAUCGAUCCAUCUUUUUGAAUUUUUUAAAGGGAAAAAACAAAAACAAAAAAAAAUUCGUUCGUCUGAAACGAAUUGCACACGGCAGCCAGAAAAACUACUCGGUCGUAAAAUGUUAUCGUCCAACUGGAGGAUAUAGACAAGAGAUGACGAUAAUGAGCCUUGCAAAAUCAAAGAGUUAUCUGCGAUGAGCAUAAUAACGAAAUGGUUGUUAAAAGCUGCUCCGUGUGUUGGUACUACUAUACUCUUUUAUAUAUAUAUUUUUUCCCCCUCCUGGUCCCGAGUUCUUUUUAUGGAGACAAUUUUCAUUUUCACAUCCACACGGCGCUCCUCCUUUUUCUUCUUUUUUUUUUAUUUGUGUUAACUUUUUGUAUUAGUUUUGUUUCGUAUUCUUGUUUUUUGUUGUUGUUGUUGUCUUCCGUCGGAUCCCCCCCUUCUCUCUUUGGAACGAGAAACAACUCCCGGUGUUGUCGUUUAUUGUAUCGUGAAUUCGUGAUGCUCGCUGAUGCUCACUCAUUCACGGAGCCGCGCGCACUCACCUUUUCAUCUUUCUUCCAGUUCUUUUUUUAUUCCACCACGAAAAUUGCUUUUCUUUUUUCGUUUCUUUUUUUAUAUACGUUCUCCUCCUCCUUCCUUCCCCCUGUUGUUAUUAUUCCUUUCUGAAAUGACAUUAAACUUCGUGUUUAAUGGCAUUUCCCUCCAUCCAUCCCACCCAUCUCGAAAGAUAUGAGGAGAGCGGAGACAAUGAGGGAGACUUGUGAGCAAAAGGGAUGGUGAUGCCGAAAUGAGACCUAUACUUUACUCUUAUAGUCUAAUAUAGUGGUGGAGUACAUUAAAGCCUUUAUUCAGCCGGAAGUUAGUCGAAUUAUCUCCUCUUUUGUUUUCCUUUCUUUUUUUAUUAUUAUUAUUAUUAUUUCUAACGAACGUUAACAAAGUUUUCAAGAUUUCUCCGAGCCUGUCGGAUGAGAUCGUUGAUGCUAUGGUCUUUGUAAAUAAAUAGUCAGUACCAAGAAAAUGGGGAAUAAUAGGUGAACUUUUAGGGGAACGAAAUAUUACAUCAAGAAGAAUUCGGUCGGUGUGGUAGAUAUAUACCAGUCGCGUUUUGGAUUAGACAUACCGCCGGGCCGGGCGGCCACGCAUUCCGCAGCUUUUUUGGGGAUCUUCCAUGGGGUUGAAAAAAGAAGAAAAAAAGACGAGACGAGACGGUUUCGAGAUUUAUGUGCAUUUUCAAACUCAGCGAUAAAAGGAAAAUGAAGAAGAAAAAACAACAUAGAGAUUUUCAACAGCCCAAAACUAUGAAAAGAAGAACUCCAAAGUUAGCUAUUUAUUGUAAAUAUAGCUAUAAGGAUAUACUAUAGUAGUGGUAGUGGUAGUAUGUGGUCCGCGCUCAGUUGGGUCAAAGAAAUUUCUCCCUCGUCGUCCUUAUGUAGAUAUUCCUCUCGUCGUUUCGAUUCUUGAACCUGAACGGCCCGAAGCUGAGAGAUUUUUCUAUACAACAUUUUUUCAAAUUUUUUUCUCCCCUUUUCCUCUCUCUAGCUGCUGCCCCUGUAUAAUCGUUGAGAUGAUCUAUUUGAAGAAAAAUAAGGAGAAGAGACAGCGCGGAUAAAAAUUUUUUUUUUUUUCCUUUUCAAAAGGGAAGAUGAAGUAGAGGCCAAGGGAGAGAGAGAGAGAGAGAGGGGGAAAAAAAAAUAACACCGAACGUCGUGGAGGAGCCUCACAAUGGUGGUUAAUUGCUUGCAUUAUAUAUUAUAAAAAUGUGUGGUAUUAUUUAUAGGCGUCGUGACGGGCCGGGCGCGCUGGGCUGCGUUACGGCAAGUUGGAGACACUUCUCUCCUCUUUCACACCAUUUUCCGUGUCAAAGUAUUUGACACGUCCCCGCUAUAGGGUAUUAGGUAGUACGAGAGAGGAGAGAGAGGACUACACGAAAGUUACGAAAGGAGAAGAAGAAGAAACUUUUUCUUUUCUUUCCUCUUGGCCGCUCCUAUAUGUAUGUUGUAUUAUAUUAUAUAUAUUCUCACCCUGUUUCCAUCAUGGCUCCGGGCUCCUGCCGGCUAAUUAGCUAAUCCGCCCCACCCAUCGUAUUUUUUCUUUCCUUACAUGCAUACAUAAAUUCGAGAGAGAAAAAUGAAAUCUAAUAAACUAAAAUAAAAUAAAGAUAAAGCAGCGAAAAUGCGUGUCGGCAAGCCGUUGGUUGGAAGAGCCAAAAGUCGUAUAAGGACCGAUUUAUUUCAAUACAUUUGUAUAUAUUUGUACAGAGGAGGAGGAGGAAGAGAACGUGGUGGUGUGUAUAGCCUCGGCUGCGAUCAGCUGUUAUUUCUUUUUAUUUUCAUUUUUUUUUUCUCUCUCUCUCUCUCUCUCUUUUACCCGCAAUGUUUUUUCCAUCAUCCUGUUGAGAGUUUUUCUUCGUCUCAUGUUGGGACUUUCGGGGGGUCGGAGCGAUACCCGAGACACAGCGGAGAGCGGUAACUCACGGAGCGGAGAAAGAGCGUGACUUCCUAUACCUCUUAUAAACACUCCGCCAUCCGCAACGGGAGAAGAUAGAUCAUAAGAUAGACUGCUAUAUAUAUAUAUAUAUAAUAUCCUCUAUGCUGUGAUCCUCCCUCUCUCCGAUGUCUGUUAUUCUCGACUCACGUGACCUUUGAUCGUUUUUUCUUCUUUUCUUCUUAGUUGAUUCUUCUUCUUUUUUUUCUCUUUUCGGCGUAGGUAAAAUAAAAAUAAAGUGGAAUAUGGGUCGUCGCCCCGAUCAACAAACUCAAGAGUCGUUGCUAGGAAUGUCAGGAAAUAGAAAUAAGAACAAGUCUCUGGGGCCGCAUAUAUAUAGUAAAGAUCUCAAAAGUCUUUUCGCAACAUGAGCGCAUUACUUCCAAGUUCCAACUUUGGCUGUUGCUUUUUUUUUUGCGGCAGAGCGGGAACAACUUUUUCUUUUCCGCAACAUUGUAAAAAAAGAGAAAAAGGGAGAAUAAAGAAUGAGAAAAGUCUGGUGCAUAAAUCAGUUUGAAGGUGUGCGAUGGCUCGAGUCCGCGUAGUACAUCGCCCGAGACUUUUUCAACUUUAUACUUUUCUCGAGGUUUUUUUUUUUUAUUUCGCCUUCGUUUGGGAUGUUAUCGCUACAUAGCUCGUUUUUUUUUUCAAACCUCUCGCUUCUUUCUUUUUUUUCUCGUCUUGAUGAUAAAUGAAAACUUUUUAGGUUCAUCGUCACUUUUAUCCGUUCCGACUUGCUGGUCUUGGCCUUGCGCCAGUUUUAUAACUGUAAUAAUCAUCGGCUUGAUAUUCCAUCAUCCAUCAGCAUACAUAAAGUCUAGACCCCAAUAACGAAUGUGUGUAUAUAUAAGAGAACGUCGAUGUUCGAAAAAAGAAAGAAAUUAAAAACAACCAACAAAACAAACAAGAAAUCACAGAGUGGAAUAAUGGCUCUACUAUGCGAUGAUAUAUUAGAUAGAUAUGGAUAUGAAUGUGCUGGUUCGUAUCUACACAACAAUAACUAAAGCAAUAGAUGGGGCAUAACUUGUUACCAUCUAUUUUACGACGUGACCGCACCAAUCUGACCAAUUUCGGCUCUGGCAAGUUGCGUCGUUAACUAAGGAAGAAGAAGAAAAAAAAGGAUGGAGGUACGACGGCGAGCCGAAACUUUGUUGGCGCUCUUGUAUAAUAAUAUAGUCUCUAUAGAUUUGACUGCGAUGGCUAUGUAACGCGCAUUUUCGAACUUGUCAGACACGAUGCGGGUCUCUCCUCUUUAGGGAAAUAUCAUAAGUUAUAUUACUAUAUACGUAUAGACUGCCAACGAGUGUUUGGAAUAUCUUUGGGAAAUAUCUAUCUGUAUUGGUGAUAAAUUCGCUGCGGGUCAACGUGACUGGCCGGCCAUCCCCGCGUCUUGUCCUCGUGUAAGUUGCCUUUCACGACCGUUCUUUUGCCCGAUGCUCAUCUCUCUUACACGGACCUAAAAAGGGGAGACCAGAGAGUCGCACAAAUACCCUUUGGGUCUGUUGUGUGUGUGUGUGUGUGUGUGUUUUGAGAGAAUUGGCGUUUCGAUUUCAUACACAUCCGACAACAACCGACGGGGGAGGUUUGAUUUACAUUAAAUUCGGUUGUUUUUUUCUUUGAAUUUUGUUUUCGAUUUCUUGGCUCCGUCCCGAUGCUACUGCCUUUGCUACUUGGCCCAACCGACUACUUUGCUGGUGGCGCCGACUGUUUCUCUGCUCACACAUGCGUAUGGCAUUAGAAAGCUUCACGGUCUAUGAAUUAUGCAAACACAACAACUCCCUCCCGUCUCUGAAACACACGCGGACACGAAGCGAGCCGGGCAGCAGCAGCAGCAGCAGCAACGAUACUCGGAGCGGUUAUAUAGCUAAGAGAGGGCCCCUCUCUCAAUAGCUGCGUGUGCACAUAUAAGGCUGGCUCACCGUUCGUCCAAGCGUGUGUACGUCUGUCUGUGUGUAAAGAGAGAGAAGAGAUACAGAUCAAUCAUCGUCGUCUUGACGUGCCGCGCAAGGUGGCCGUGUCCUGUAUUUUCGUUACAUAUCGUUAUACAUCUUCCUCGCCUCCACCCAUUCCCUUGGCAUUUAUAAGUUGAUGCUAAUGAAGGACAGAACGACCGAAAAACAGGAUAUAGCUGUAUGGUAGUAUAGAGCUGCUACUAGUAGAACCACGUUCGUAUAUAUGGCGCGAUCACGGCUCCUGAUAAAACCUCGUCUAUUCCGCUUCUCUCCCUUUCUCUCUCUCUCUCUCUUCUCUUUUUGAUUUAUAUGCUAUUAUCUUAAUUGCAUCGCCAGCUGAUAUAACGGAGCUCCUAUGCAGCAAUUGUGCUGUGGAGAAAACGACCGCAAAUCCUUGUGGCCCUGCUCUCUGCCCAAACGAAUUUAAGGAAAAAUAAAUAAAAGAACCAAAAAGCUGUGCUUGAUCACUUCGCUGAAUACCGAGAAGAGAAACAAAACUGUCAAGGACAAUACGGUUUAUUUGGAAGAGGAAAAAAAUAAUGACGUUGACGUCGGUUGACGUCAGCAAAUGUUUUGUACAUCCGUGUGUACCUAUGGUGAAUAUAGUUAAAAGCCUGAAAGAGUGUAUGUACAAGAAAUAGGCAGCACGGAUGUGGAAUGGAUGAUGGCCGCUCUCCUUUCAAUGGCGAAAUCCUUGAAGAGUUACGACAGCGAGCUGCCAAAGAAGAUAUACCGGGAAACUUGCUGGGGCCAACCACCAGCAAUUGUACAACACGGCCCAAAUUGUUUCGUGAUUAAUCAAAUCCACGCGAGACGGCAGCGGCGGCCAAGCCCAUCAUUCUGUGCAGUUGAGUAAACUAUAAGUUGCAGCAGUGGCAUCAUCAUCCGCAUAAGAAUAUUCACUACACCGAGUCAAGAAUUUGGUUAUACCAAGGUACAUAUCUAUAUACGUAUACAACAUUUCGGGUAUUGUGUAGUCCCUUGAUAGUGAAUAGCCGAAGAGUUGUUAUUGCGAACCCUGUUUUCGGUUGUUGUGACGGCCACCAGGCAUUGUUGUUGUUGUUAUCCAGCGUGCGGAUGCUCAAAAGGACGUCUUGAAAGUUAUUUCUCUCGUCUCUCUCUCCUUGCCAUUCUUCUCGAGCUGAAGACAAUUACGAUCCGACUUUGGCGGUGGAUGCCAUAGCUCAUGCUCGAUUAUGCAUGCAUAACGCAAGAUCUUGUGCAACAACUUCCCGAAAAAAAAAACUCUUGGCGCUCAACUCCGUGGCCCAGCUGCACGGUACAACCCCCCUCGUUUCUUCUUUUUUUUUAAAUCUUUUUUUUUUUGGGUAUUAUUUAUUUAUUUAUUUUUUCUUUUCUUUAGCGCAUGCUUGAAAUGAUUAGCGUUUUGAAUUAUACUUCACGAUUUCAAUAGGAGAGAGCCGGUCUGCAUGGCCCCGUUAUAGAAAGAGCGUGCUGCCAUAGCUCGUCGUCCUCGGGAGUCUUCCAUCUUUUCUUGUCGUGAUGUCUUCCCUUUGGUCCGUCGAUUCAAUUUUUUUUUACCUUCCCCAUUUCGGCUGGAUGGCGACUGCCGACCUUAAAUCUCUCGUCGUCUACAUGCUGAACUGCGUCACUUUGGCUUUUUCCUUAAAUGAAAAUCGUCAGAGAGGCAAGUUAAAGGACGACUGUCCUGCGACUGUUAACCCGCUGAACUUAAAAACUUACAAAGUCAGCAUCAAUUUAUAGCCAACCGCCCGGAAUCCCGAUGAGAAGUGCCACUCUCUGUGGGCUGGCUAGACGUAGAGACCUAUACAUGUAAUACUAGCACUCUGCGACCCAACCGACUCGACCCCCAUUCACAGCCGCCGCGUCAUUCCAUCACAAGCGCCGUGAUUUAUACGGAGUAAGCAAUCGUGACCAAAGAGAAUGAAAAGAGUCGAUGGUUGUCGGCGUAUUCCAUCCCAUGUGGCUGGACUAUUUUAUAUAACGUCCUCCGCUUGUUUUAUUUUUAUUUUUUUAUAUUAAUUGUGUUACACAAUUUUUUUAUCUUUUACGUUUGGUUUUCAGCCUUAUUAAUUCCUUUAUCUUAUUGUGUGCACACCGGGGCCGUGUAUAUUUGUGUAGGAUAUAAUCUCUCGCUCGCUAUCGUCCCUCGAUGUUUUUUGGAUUUCGUUCGAUGCUGUCUCGCCCUUUUCCGCCUCCUGAGUCCUGAAUAUUUGACUUGUGAUACAAUUUACGAUCUCGGCGCUCCUUGUUGAAAGAAAGAUGUCCUUUGAUUGGGAAAUUUGGAUUUCAACACAAACUCAAAAGACGUGAAGAAUUUUGUUUUCUUCUUACCAUCCCCCUCCCCCUCACCGCUAAAUAACUGAAACGGGAACAGGACGGGGAGGACUCCUUGAAAGAUUGGACUGAUUAGCUCCGUUCCGUUCCCUUGGUAGUUGUGUAAUAAUAAAUAUGCCUGAAUGCAGAAUGCCAUGCAGCAGCGAGCGCAGUUCAUCAGAAAUAACGAAGGGGAAAUCUAUAAAUCUCUGAUGAUGAUGCUCGCGUAUGGCGUUGCGUAACAGAAAAACACACUUUUCUAAAGAAACGAAAAUUGUUGGAAAGGGGAGAAAAAAAAAGUUGCCGAGUGAUGGAUGGAACCCUUACGGUUUAGUAAAAAAAAAAAAAAAAAAAAAAUAAGAAAAUGGGAGGCACAGCUCGCAGCCUUUUGUGUGUGUGUGUGUUAACGGGAUGAAUUAUUCCGCGUACUACAGCCGAGCCGAGCAGUGAAAAUUGCUCUCCUUUUGUCUCUUUGCGGUGGAGACUUUUUUUUUCUUUCUUCGCUAUUGAGGAAGAAGAAUGUCUAAGUCGAUGUGGAGUAUACAUAAGAGAAAGAGAGCCAUUACUACCAUUUUGGGACGACGGCGAUGAAUGCUUCUUCGCCACUGCUAAGCUCCUUACAUAAUAUAGUGUCUCGAGCGUUAGUGUUCAUAUAUCUGUGUCAUCAGCCCCCUUCUCACUGCUCUAUAAGCACAGCAAGUGUGUGGAAUGGGGGUCGUGCUCAUCCCGCGUAUCUCCCGCACAAGACAACAACAACCAAAACGAACCAAAAAAAAAAAAACAAAAAAACAUAAAAACAAUCUAAGCUGAAAAAAUGCAGUCCGCAACUCAUCAUCAUCACAUCGCCGUCGAUGAUUUUUUCGUGUGAGUUUGUGGAGCGGCGUAUACUACAUCUAACAAUCGCAGAGUGUAUACAAGACACGGACAGAACAAAAAAAAAAUGGAGCCGUUAUUAUUUAGCCGAAGAAGGAACAGGGAGGAGGUUUCGGUCGUUUUAACAGAACGACGCAGCAGUCCGACCCGGUAAUGCGUUCGGCCGCACUUGUCGGCAAAAUGCCCCAGAGAAAUAGGAAAACCGAAUUUACAUAUAGACUUUUUGCCAUCAGGGGAGGACCGGAGCAAUGUCGGGGGAUUGACAGGAGAAGAGGGAAUCUCCCGUAUAGUAUGUAUACAGCAGAGCUCUUUGAAGAAAAAAAAAACACACGCUUGGUUAACCGAGGGCGAAAUGACACAGUGGUUUGCCAUAGUCGUCUUUUUUUUUCUCUCCCGUUAGUGCGGCAUUGCAAGGAAGGGGGUGUAUAGUAUACGUUCCGGCUGGAUGGAAUAAAAGACAAAAAAAAAAGACAGUUUGGAGGUGUGUAAAACUCGUGUAAAAAGAUUUCCCCCCGCUUUUCUUUUUCUUUUAAAAAUGAAUGAAGAAAGAUAAAGCAGUUUUGGCAAAGGGCGGAGUGUUACGGCGUUGGUCCGUUACGGAUACGUCCGGAUGCCGAACGAUUUGUGAUUGAAACGAAUCUGUUGGCGCCGUGUCCGUUGUUUGAAUUUCAACUAUUUGAGCGGACGUGAAACCAAAUCAUUGCGAGAGAGGCCGGAUAGUUUUUGAAAAGGGGCCUUCGCCUGGCCGUCCCGCUACAACACUCGACGCGUUUCAGAAAUCUCAUUCCCGCCGCACGCAGCCAACACGGCAGUGAAAAUAACAAACAAACGAAAAUAAAUACAAAUUUUCCCAAACAAAAAGAAAUGGUCGAAGUAAAAAGAAGAAGAAGAAGAAGAAGAAGAAGGAGGAGGAAAUGAAAGGAUAAAUGGAAACGCGCUGGGAUUGAUGACUGGAGAGUGAUUCAGUCGGGGCGGGCGCAGUCCGUGACGAACGGCCCGGGUUCUAUACACCCCCGGCGCGUUAUUUCUAAAUUUUAUUUUAUCUUAUUUAUUUUGUUAGUUUUUCUUUUUUUUUCUUUCCAAAAGAGAGUCACAGAGAGGAGCGGUAUAGGAGCCGAUGGGCUUGAGCGAUCGGUCGUGCAAAUGUCACAGCCGCUAGAGCAAGCACAUCGCGUGAGCUUGUUGUAUUGUACGAAUUACAACGACGCCAGGAAUUUGACGAUUACGACAACAACAACAACAACAUACACAAAAAAAGAAAUACAAAUAAUAAUGUAUAGCCAACUAAGGGUGAUGGUCAAUUUCUUUUUUUCGUUCUCCCUCCCGGUUUAUCUGUACACGUCGUGUGUAUCAUUUUGGAGCUCAAGUCGUGCGUGAAGCUCCGGGUCGUUUCACAUGUAAUGCCAAUACCAACAACAAACCCAAAUAAAAAAAAAAUAAAAAAAAAAAUCGUUCGGUCACAGAGUUUUCUUCUCGUUCGUUUGCCCAACACGAAUUCGAUUAGAUUAUUACGUCGUCUAUUAUGAUAGGACUAUUCCCAUUUUCUCUAUAUAUAGCUCUCUUAGCUCCGUCCUGUUUAGGAACCGCUGUCGGUCCGAGCCCCGCGUAUAGCCAUGGCGUAAUCUAAUUGCCUUUAAUUGACUUUUAUUCCUUCUUAUGUCGAGAACCACCUUUUCUGUGUUUUUGGAGCGGGGGGCUCCUCGUAAAAAAAGAACGAAAACAGCAACAUACAACGAAAAUGGGAGUGGAUCCAUCCAGUUUGGUCUCGGCGACUGUUAUAGCGCAAAGUGGAAAUUGCUCUCUUGUUUUUCGGGUUUAUUUAGUUGAUUUUUUUACGAGACGAUUAUCAAUCAGCUUUGAUUGAUAUUCACGAGUUAAUCUGCAGCUUGAAUUUCAACCACGAAAGGGUCGUUACGAUUAGCGUGUACGUUCAAUUGUCCAUUUGAGUUUUAUGAGACUCGAAGGAACAACUCUUUGCUCACAGAAAAUCGCCGUUAAACAAGCAAACGAAAUGAGAGAGAGAGGAACGAAAAAAAGAGCUCGUGGAGGAGCUUAAAGUCGUCCGACCGCGUUUCUUUUUCUUCGCACUCGAAGAAUGAAAAUGAAAUAAAUAGAAAAGAAACUAGAAGGAAAAAAAUAAAAUAAAAUAGUCGGCGGGAUUGAAUAAGGCAUUGAUGAUGAGCGCCGGCCAAAAGAAGAAAAAAAGGAAAAGGGAAAACUAACAAAAGAGAUUUUUCCCCUUUUUUCUUCUUAUUCUUCUUCGUCUGAACUCAUCCAACGCUGUUCACUCUGGCGGAUCGUGAGGAUCAGCUGUCGCUAGGCAUUUUGAUUCACUAUACCACGUCACCAAAGUUCUUCCUCUCUCAUAGAAAGUGAAUAAAAACGAGCCUCACAGAGAUGUCAUUGGCUUGCGCCACAUUCGAGAUGCAACUCGUGUUUCUCCUCUUCUAACCGUUGAUCCCCUCCUGUCCACUAGAGAGAGAGAAAGAAAAUAACAACACACCAACAACAAAACAACAAACUUUUUUUUUUUUUUCUAGCCGUCUUCUAUUACUAUACGAAUGGAAGAUGGAAGACGCGCCUGGAUGCCUCGCGGAUAAAAUGGAUUCCCGAUACAACAUUUAUUUUUCCUAUUUAUUUUGGUUAGAAGAUUUUUUUUUCUUUCUCUUGUUUCUUUUUUUUCCAGUUCUCGUUGUUGUGAUUGUCGUGUUUUGAAGCGAUCGUGAUGUGCGUGAAGGUGCGUGACUGAGAUGCGUGCGACAGCCAGCAGAUCGCGCGCGCGAAAGACGCCCCUGAAAGUCGCCCAAAUCGACUUGGAAAUUGAAUCGGAAAGAAGAAAACAAAAAUCGACUAUGACGUUGCAAUUUCUCUUGCGAAAAUCAAAGAAAAAAGAAUUCUAAAAUUGAACCGCACAUUUUCCGCAUUUUUUUUAAUUUGCGGUUGAGGGUUUUUUUUUCUUCUUAACUUGACUCUCACUCGCCAUUUGUUUGACAAUUGCUCGGCGAUCCGGCCGAGUUGGCUGCUGGCUGGCUGCUGCCGUCAAUGUCGUCGCUCUUGUUUUGGUUUUUUUCUUUCGACUCGCUUUUCCGUCUCGGUCUUCGGUUAUUUUCCUCCUUUCUCCUUGAUCUGUCGUCGUGAACUCGUCAGACUUGCAAAGGAGAGAAAAGGAGAGUCUGAACGGCGACACACAAAAAACGAUACGAACCCAGUGGCUCUUUCCGCUUGUUAUACCGGCGCUUUAACGUGUCGGCUGUCGUGAAGGGAAGACAGACUAUGUCGUCUGUCUCCCAUCUCUCUCUCUCUCUCUCUCAGGAAUCUUAUCUUAUCUCGUUUUAUACCUCUAAAGAUACAUCACAACACACACAAGGACGAGGAAAAAGACAAAAAAGACCCAAAAACUUUCCGGGUCGUUUUGUCUCGCGGGCCAAAGAGCUCGAAAUACAUUGACUCAUCUCCUUGUUUACGAUCUAUCCUGCGCUAUAUAAUAGCUGCUGCUACCGCAUCUGCAGGGCGCGUAUCAAUCCGUGCGUCUCUCUCCAGCCAACGCCAAGGUAUUAUAAACCUGUGUAAGAAAUCAUCGUCUCUUUUGGCAUUUUCCAAACACGCGUCUGCGUCUAUAAUCUUGUGAAAAUUCCGUCAUGUCGACAGACGGGAAAGAGCAGAUGGGGGAAAAGAAACGGCAGACAGCCGAGCUGCUCUUGUAUAAGAAAAAUCAAACGACGGACGAAGCGUUCCUACAAGAGGCAAGACGAAAUAAUCAUUUUAAUUGAGGUUUUUCGUUAUGGACAAAGUAGCGCAACGAGUUCGUCUCUUAUAUUAUCCUCCUUCCGCUGCUGCUGGUCCAAGCAGAUUAUUUCCCGCCCGGUAGAUAUUUAGACGCGAAUAAGAAAUGCUUUCCGUGAAUCAAACAUUAUUCACUUGAAGUUUUCCGUUUAUAUAAUACGGCACGACUAUAGGAGAACCAGUUCUGAGGGACUCAAAAAUCGCCGGGGCGCUGCUGCCCUGAUGAUGGCGACUCGAAAUGAAAUAAGAAGGCCGUGAAAAAGCAAUUUGGUCGUCGUCGUUUUCACAUUGGCUUACACGUGCUGACGUUUUUCUCUUCUUCUUCCACAUCCAGCACUUUUGUGGACGCGCUGUUGCUCCCCGCGUCACUGGACGCGCGCAAUCCACGUCCACCGAAACGGAAAGUUUCGCCGCUUGCAUCACUCACGCCACGUAUCAAUAUUGAUUGUUGCGUGGCCUUCUUUUCUCUCUCUCUCUCUUGUUUGUUAUCUUCUCUCUAACGUCUUUCCUUCUCUUUUCCCGUCAUAUCCACACAGAGAAAGGGGGAAGAAGAAAAAAAAAGCGGAUGCGAGAAGGGAAAAUCCAUUCCGGGCGGCCGGCACGGAUUUGCUGUCGCUGCUGUUACCGCAAAACGUUAGUGCUGAACAAGCAAUAAAAGAAGAAGGGGGGAAAGAAUACGAAGAAGAAGAGAAAGAAAGAAAAAGGAACAAAACAAAAUAAAAAAAAUGGGACACAAACGGACGGGCGGACGGACGGGCGCGGACACACGAAUGUGGAAGGGGAGGGUGUAGCGGUAUGUAUAGUAGCCCGCGUGCAUGUUCUCUCCUCUGUCCGGCGUUGGUAGGAGAGAGGAUGAUGCAUGGCGCGCCCCAUUCCCAACUUUGAAUGAUACGGUGACAUGAAAGAGCUGUGACCGUCCGGCCGUCCAUCCAUCCAGUCUCCAUCCACCGUGUAGUGUGCCCGUAUAUAGUGGCUGCUACUACAAACUCUAUCAGAGAGGAAAUAUUACAUAAGCCUUGGGCCCGUCGCUAGGGUCGCCCUAAAUGCGUUGAAUAAGGAGGACGUGCCGCUCGCCUGUGGUAGCAGCUGACAAACACUCGCAGGCCCGGCACGACCGCACGGGCAAAGAAAAGAAGGAGAGAGAGAGAGAGAAAAAAAAAAGAUAUAUAUAUAUAAAUAAAUAUUAUAAGAAGGAAAAAAGAAAAGAGACAUGUUCUACCACUCUAUUCCAUUUCUGUGAUGUGGCUGCUGUUAUAGGUUGGAGCCGUUCUGACGCUCGGCUCUUUCUCAAUAUUUAUAUACGUACACAUGACAUGGGCAUCGACCCGAUCCAGCCAAUCUCGCAUUCCAUUCCGUAUAGGAAAAAAAGUUUUUUUCUUUUUUUUUUCGGUUGGUCCUAUACUCCCCUCUGUGUGUGUCUUGAGAUUGACUUGAUUCAACCCCUAAUCGAUCGAGUCAAUAAUGCCGACGACGACGACGACGACUAGGAAUGGUCGAUGAGUUCGGUGACCCAUUAUUCCUAUGUCGCCCGUCUUUCGAGUUCUCAACAAGAGCUGAACAAUUGACGCAUUCAGUGAGUGCUGUGUGUAUAUACGUUAGGUGCGGCUAUACUGUAUUCCUUGCCAUGUCACCCUGAGUACAUAGAAAUACAAAGUCUGUAAUGCACUACAUAGCAACAGAAGGCCGCCGAAAGUCAUCAGCUAAAAUAUAAAUGAAGACGCCGAGUCGGCUGGUGUGGAAAACUACUAUACGAUACACAACUCUUAUACUUAUACCGACCCACUCUGUAUGAAAAGGAAGGGCCGAUGUCGAUAUCUAAUUCAGUAUAACAUCAAAAAUGGAGUGGCAAAUCGUAAGAGGUACUUGUGCGAGCCAAAUUCUUUUUGCGUGAAUUGAGGGGGGGGGGUAGUGCCAUUUAAAUUCUGAUACUGUGGGCUGGAAUUUCUAUACGGUUCGUGGUUGGAAACGUAGAGCCUGGCCAUCACUCUAAAACAAUGAUGGAUCGAUGCUAUAAGAGAAGGAAAAAUAAAGAGAACUUUCCAAUAUAUGUAUUGCUAUCUGGUAGUUGCACAGCAGUGGGUCCCAUAAGUACACUAUGCGUACCAUAUAGUGUCUGUUUAUUUAAUAAAUGAGACGGUGUCAUGAAUUUUACAAGAUGGAACAAAACAAAAAUCUGAAAAGAAACGAAGAAAAUAGAGAUGGUGCAAUAAGCGACAAGAACAAGUUGAGAUGGGUAUAUAUAAGGAAAAUAAUCGAAAAAGAUGAAAAAUCGAGUUAUUUCGAAAUGGCUGUAACUAUUGCCGUAUCUCUCCGGCAUUCUAUUUCGAUAUUUAUAAUGAUAUAAUGAUUUUCAUUUUCUAGGAUUUUUUUUUUCUCUCGUUGUUGUUUUACUUCGUUUAAUUUGAUUUCCUUUUCCAACACAUACUGUAGUUUUUUUUCACGACUCUCUCUCUCUCUCUUCUUCUCUAACCUGAGCCGGUGAUUAGAAAAGAAUGAGAAAAGAAGUGGGAAGCGCAUCACGGGGCGUACUGUUUUUCUUUACUCCUUCAACUUGAUUCUUUUUUGUUUGGUUGUUUUUCUCUCUAUUUUUUUCUUCGAAGCUUUUUGUAUUUGGUUGUUGGGACGUCCGCUCGGCUUCUAUGUGUGUGUGUGUAAGCGUUAAUUCAUUGUAAUUUAUGAGCGAAAAAGAAAAUAGAGGCCAUGAUGAGCACCACAGCCUGUAGUACUAGACACACACACACAUGAUUGGUGUCGGGAGUCGAAAUCAGAAACGUAUAGAACCUGGGCUGUCUGCUCUUCCUCCCCCUUAACGGCGUCGAACCCGAUGAUGUUUGUGAUUUGGGCUCCCAAAUUAUAGAGGUACGGUCUCGAGUAUGCCGGUUCUCGUUCUACUGCAUGGGCUCUAUAGAGUAGUACGUACAUGUAGAGGAAUCUUUAUCUACACUGCACGCUCUCUCCCAACCAGUGCACACUCAACACACGAGGAUAUGGUCGUCAGCUCCUGACACAUCCGUGGCUAUGGGCCGCCGCUAUAGGGUUUUUUUUAUGUUUUUUUUGUUUUUUGUUUUUAGACAUUAUGUCAUGUAAAAACUAUCGUGCUGCAUCCCGAUUUCUCUCUCAUUCUCUCAUUUCGCUCUGGAAAAUGAAACGUUAUUCGGUAUAGAUAUAUAAUGCUGGUGUAUAUACAGACACGCAACUGCGAUCUGCUCCGCUCCGUAGGUCUGUCGAUGGACGGAAGGAGGGAAGAAACAAAAAAACCCCAAAAAUAAUACGAACAACAACAGUAACACGACUGUAGCAUGUGCAGGAAGCGGAAAGGGUGUGUUCUUAAUGUGUACACACACAACUGCAAACCGAAAUUUCGAAAAAAAAAUAAUGUUUGAGAGAAAAAGAAGAAAUAACAAAUAAACAAAAAAAAACAUGUCGGAUUUUUUUAGAUAUAUAUACGUUCCAUGCAUAUGCGAGAGAGAUAAUAGCCACCUAUCUGAUCGUCACUCGGCAUGAUAUUUUUCUGCAACGCGUCUGCCGUGAUACGCCUACAACACACGUACACUACGUAUAGACCGGUUAUAAUAAUAUUGCCCGAGCUGAUGGCUGUUGGUGUCGUGAAUGGUGAGCUGCGACUAUAUAACUCGGCUCUCGCUGCUAUUUACAUGGAAAACGGACAUUAAACACUAUGGGGCGAAAAGAGGGAGGCCCUUCGCGAUAGAUCGGAAAAGAGAGAGAAAUACAAAGAGUCAUUAUUAUUAUGUAUACAUCAGCUACCGGUUUGUUUAGAGUUGCUAUAAAAAAAAGCUGGGCGCUGUGCUGUGUUGCGCUAUUUCUCCUGUUGUUUGUUUGAUUCACGCUCCGAGACUGUGCUGUGUGUAUUUGACACUUUAGAUUCGUUAUGUCGUCGAUUCGUUAUGUCGUCGAUUCGUUAUGUCGUCGUCCCAUGUUAUUUUUACAGAGAGACUGGGUCAUUUUUUUUAUCACUUUUCUACUUCAAAUUGUGUUCUUAUUGUUUCGACCGUUUCUUUAUACUACGUAUAUGGCGAUAUCAAUCAUCAAUAAAGUCGUUAUUGUUGCAAACGUUUGCUGCCAGCUCUCACCGCUUCCUUCCAGCCUAUCAUUAUUAUUAAGUAACACAUAAUAAUAACAAUAAUAGUAUAAAGAAAGAAGAAAAACCCGUUGACCGCAAAAGAUGGGGUUGAUGUAGUGUGAAUAACAAUCGAACCGUACACUUACAUUCACUAUUCAGAAAAUAUGGGCUACCGCCGCUGUUGCUGCAGUGUUUUGCUGACGUAUAUUUAUAUUCUUGGUUCGACGACACUCAAAAAUAGAAAAAAGAAAAAGAAAAUAGAUAUAAGAAGAUAAUAGUAUACAUCCCUUGUUCUUCGCUAUAUAUAGACACGGGCAUAUAGAUUAUAUAUAUACAAGUCCGUCCUUUUCACGGCCAUUUUGUUUCCUUUUAUCUCCCUUUUUUGGUUUGGAGAAAGAAAGAGAGAGAGAGGGUUGUCUCUUCUCGAUCGUAGAAGCGUAACGACUCUCCACCGUAACUCGUUUUUAUUAUAAUAAAGUAUAGAGUGGAUCGUCGCUCUUGUAUUAGCAUAUCGAAUGCAGAUAUUUGCCGGUGGUGUGGUCAGAUGUUCUUUUAUGAAUAGACACAUUUUCUCUUCUUCUUUUUUGUUGUUGUUGUUGUAUUAUGGUCCUCGCUCCGUCCGUUGUUGUCGUUGUUGUCUUUCGUGAGGUGGACAUCCGCUCGCCGUCUGCUAUACUCAUUUACACUGCACAACAACGGCAACUAUAUAUACAUAUUCAUCCAUAUCCAGUCCACGGCGCAAGGGACUCUUCAAUCGCGUCUAAUAUUUAUAUGAAUACAACAACAACAAAAAUAUACCCGUUGCACUGAUGGUUAAUCUUAUCUUUUCUCAUUCUCCAUCCGUCCGCGUCUCCGGUGUCCAUUGUUGCAUUCUUCGCUCAAUAUUAGAUUGUCAUUUUCUAUUUUUACACUCCACAAUUCCAUCGUGUCAUUAUUUGUCGUUUCCACCACCGAAAAAAGAAGAAGAGUCUACCUUUUUUUCAUAUGCAAAUAUUUGAUUUCUACACAAAAAGUCAAAAAGCCAAAAUGAUAAAGAGAUGAUAGAUAUGCGAGAAUAGGAGACAGCGACAUUGUUGUACUACGUGUGUUGUUUGUAGCUUAUAUACGAAGUGUUAUUUCACGAGGCUAAUAGAGCGACUUAUAUGUAUUUUGGCAAAUAAAAAGGAGAAAACGCUUGAACCCCGGUGACCUGCAACGUGUCGAGUGUCUUGUUCUCGUGAAUUUCUUUCGCAGGUUUUUCUCGCCUCCAUUUUCUGAUGUGUGUUUCUCUCUUGUGUCAUGACUUGAGUGACUCUGUCAUUACCGCAGGAUCACUUACUUUCAACUGCACAGCGAAUGGAGCAGAGUAGAGCCAAGAGAGCUCGGCUAGUUGACUUUUGCUCCGCGUUAUAUAUAAAGUGUCUGUCGUGUUGUUUUGUUCUUAUUUUUCCUCUCCGGUGGGUGGAGUCGAGAAUCGUGUGUGGUGUAGCGCGUACGCGUAUUAUCUAUAGAGAAAGGUAGACACAAACACACAGCAUAAUCAACCGCUAUUUUCCAUUUCAUUUGAGAGAGUUUGUGCUUUAUUAGACUCGACGACGUGGGUGGAUAUGCGAACGGGCGAGCGGACGGGGAUUUUCUUUUUUUGUUUGAACAUUUUUUCGCACGACAUGGCUCCUUUUGUCGCAGGGCGUUACUCGUCCGGGAAUUUUGACUUUGCCUGAUUUUUUUUUUAGGAUACCACGUCGUACCCGGCACCAGCACGGCGUGAGCCACACUGCGCCGAUUUAUAUGAUGUGUGGUGGUGGUGAACCCGUGCACGUAGGCACAUUUAUAUUUUUCCCCUCUCCAUCACGAAGAUUAGAAUAUACAUAAGGGAGAGAGAGAGAGAGGGGCUGAAAGAGAUUGACAGCCACGGUACACAAUUUUAUAAUAAUAACCUAGUAGAAGAAGUACUACUAUAGAAGAAAUGGAGGUGAGUACUGUGGUUAUAAGGGCUCACCCUCUGGAAAAUGUUUCCAAAUUUUCCCCUCCACAUGUCCGCAUAUCCCGUGAGCUAGAUUCCUCCCUGUACUACUGGAAAUAUCGAUGCCGCGGCUCCUUGAGCUCCCAACUUUCCACCUCGGUCGCGUCUAUAAAAGGGGCUGAAAGUUUAUUUUCAACUUUUUUCUUCACGUUUUUCCACACUCGUCAUACCCCCCGCCAAAGAACAAAAUGCACUCGGUGAACUCUACUUAAUGCGAGCGCCUUGUCGUGGAAGUGGGCAUUUAUUGAGGAUGAAGGGGGGAAACAAAAUAAAAAAAAAAAAAAAGAAAAGAUGACAGACACCAUAACAGCGACGUCAACCAUAUUGAGCUCGUCUCCGGUAGCCCCGGUCGAGUUAGACAGACAGAUAGGGAAAUCUAGGUAGAAUGCACCGGUACUACAUGACUGUGUAGGGGUCAUUAGAUGUGUUCUCUCUACUUGGAAUUCUGGCCCCUCUCUCUAUUCAGUUGAACGUGUAUGUACUGUCGUGUGUAUUAGCUGCCGAAGCUAACGGGAGCGCCCACCAACUCGUUUAGAAUUUUUUUUCUUCUUUAUAGAACGCAACUGCCGGAAAUAUAUAUAUAUAUAAGUUGAGAGAUAGAUGCUACAAACUCGGAAUAAGGAGGGAACUGUACCCACCAAACGAGGAAUAAGAAGUAGAGAGACCCCAAAAUGUGGAUGGGAUUAUACAUGGAGAGAGAGAGAGAGAGCUAGGGGCCUUAUAGACAAUGCAGUUGGCAGAGGGGGGUGAAGACCUCUUCAUGUUGGUGAAGUUCACCUGGUCCGGUGCACAGGGAGCGCAGCACUAUCAUUAUCGCAUUGAAGCAGGAUGGAAAUGAAGGAUGACUGCUCUCUGUGUGCUGGAUAAAGAGAAGCAGAGGGGCUCCGACAUCCGACGAAAAUAAAAAAUAAUAAAAUAAAUAAUAACCCUUAGCUAGAGAGAGAGAGAGAGAGAGAAAGAGAGAGAGAGAGGGUUAUUGGAUAUUUAUUUAUUAUUUUUGUUUCGUUAACCCCGAGUUAAAAGGAGGAAAAAUAGUUUUCUUAUUCUCCCGUGAAGGGAGAAGAAAUAUUUGUAAGGAAGAAAAAAAAAGGGGAAAUCUGAUUAUACAAUGUUCGACGCCCGAGUGUGUGCGCAUUCUCCUUGAUGAUUCAUCCAUCUAUUUUAUUAUAUAGUACCGUAUUUAUUUUGUAUUUUCGUUUUGAAUCGUUUCGCUCGGCUGAAUGAUCUUUUGACUCUGACGCAUUUCAGUUGAUUAGAAGCCAAAGGUAUUUCAACUUUUCCAAGUUGUACAAUAAAGUGGAACGAAUGGGAAAAGAGCUGCAGAGAAAAUAUACUAAAUACGGUACGAUUAUUGAAGGGAAGAAAUCAAACACGCAUAGAUUAGAUUCUUCGAAUAUUUCUUCACAACCCCGUCGUCUCUUAUUAUCUCAAUCUCUUUGGAAAAUAAUCAACAAGAAAAAGGAAAGAAACGGGGGCAGAUGAGAUAAUAAUAAUAACAAUAAAAAAAAGGACAAAAAUUCUGAUACUGAAAAUGCGAUGAUGAAAUCAAAUCCGGGGAAAAAAUAUAUAAAAAUGACGUCAAGGCAAUUUUUGUAUUUUAUUUUUCUGUGAAAUCAAAUAAUAAGAAAGAUAAAGAAAAAAGAAAAAUAACACAACAUUUUGGACAGCACAGUCAAGAGCGGAUAUCCGAUGAAUGGCCUUGCUGUCAUCACGCGGCUAUAGCUGCAACAGCCCAUCGUCAAGUGUUUCAGAGUUCUGGAAAGUUGACUUCCUUUUAUUAUGUUGUACUACUCCUCUAUACAUACGUGAGUGUGUGUGUUGCUGUACUCUUUUUCCAUAUAAGUAGGAGCCGAGUCGAGUCUACUCUGCUGUUCUUGUUAUUUUCAUUUCAUCGCCUCCUUGUUUCUUAUUAUAUUUUUAUGAUUAGAUUUCUGCGUUUGUGUCGUUAUUGUUGUUGAUGGAUUCCACGGUCAUCAAUUUGCUGUAGAGAAAAAUACGACGACAACGACGGCCAUGUCGUUGGCCUCAUUGACGUCUGAGACUUUCUGUCCCGUCUUGUUGCCAGACGACAGAAUAGAGAAGAGUUAUGCACGACUACACGUCAUGCCCGUGUUUCAACCGGAGAGAGUCACAAUUUUUACGGGAAUAAUUUCCUCUUUUUUUUUUGUUUUUUUUUGUUUUAUUUUUCUGUUUUCCACGAAAAGAAAAAAAGAAAAGAAAAAGAUACGUUAACAUAACAUUCACACCGAUUUGAAAACAUUGCCUGUAGGCUAUGAAAACGGGACAGCGUUAUAAGACGAGAUCAUUCGUAAGGCUCUGAUUUUUUCACUCCCGAAAUAUUUAUUUAUCUUUUAUUUUUUUUUUGAAAAGCCCCAGCCACGAUUUUCCCGGUAUAGUAUAUACUCCAAUCAAAAAGGCUCUGGUGUUUAUUUAUUCAAUUGCAUUCCGCUGCGGAUAUUAUGCGACUGUGCGCAUCUCUAGAGGUAUGCGCCGAGUCCUCGGAAUUGGAUUUAACGGAUCCUACACGCGUAGAAAAAAGAAAAAAAAAUAUGAACGUGAUGUAAUCAUAAGUUAUUCCCAUCUUCUCUCCCGCCUAUUCAAAUCUCUCCUAUAGUCGGGAAAAUAUGUCGUCCCGUAUCGAACUUAAAUCAGUCGCUCGUUGGUAUAAAUAUACAUACACACAUAGUACGUAUAGUAUAGGUGUCUAGUGUGGUAUAGGUGGUGGUGGUGGUGGGCAGCCCGUUUCCAUCGUCGUAUUUCACGUUGUCUCACUCGUCCCUUUUUCUUUCUUUCUUCUCCUUUUCCCCUUCUGCGGUUUUCAUGAUUUGAGCGUGUCUUUUCAGGCUUUAAUAUACGAGACAUGUAUACACACAUACCCGCCUCUCUCUCUCACUCGCUCCAACCCCCGGGAUAAUGUCUCUCUGUGUGCCGUUGGUCGGAGCUGCGACUCGUUGCGGGAAAAGCGGCCAACCAUUGCAGAUAUCAGGUCUACGCACGCAGGGGCAGCGCCGAGGCCGGUCGAGCAGGCCAGCAGCUUCAACACCGUACGUAUUUUAUCAAGUCCUCCUUCUCCUCCUCCUCCCCAGCAGGACAAAAUAUGCGUGUGUGGGUGAUGUAUACACACACACAUAGGAGCGAUGACGGCGGGGGGUGUAGAGCGGGAAAAGAAAAAAAAGUUUCCGAUGGUUAUGCAACGAGCCAAAAAUGCGUCGAUGGAAAUAUCGGAGAAAAGGAACGAACAAGAAGGGGAGGGUGAUGUAAUAUAGUGGACAUAAAUAGUGUCCACGUCUUGCCAUAGUGCCCCUCUAUUUCGUCCCCCCCCCUCCACGCAUUUUUCCUUCUUAUAUUCGGACGACGACGACCAAAACGCGCCCACAUCGGUUGGCCGUGUACGCUGGCGUGAGCGGCUGGCGCUAGCCCCGUCUUUAUGAUGCUAAUGUCGACUGAUUGUUAUCCCGUCGAAUUAUUGUAUGCCCCACUCGCGGCCGUUAGAGAGAGCCGGACGCGGUCCCUCGUCGUCGUGCCAGCAGCACCCCUCGUUACACAACUGCAAGGGCGAAAAAGGGAGAGGAGAGCCUUGAAUAUUCACGAAGAGAAAUCGAAUCAUUUCGUGUAGAUAUAUCCCACACACGGUAGACGUCACACACAUAUACGUACAUAUAUACGCUCGGCGUCUCCUUUUGAUAUAACAAGCAGAGUUACGUAAAAAAAAACAGCACAAAGAUACUCGUCGGAUAGAUAUAAUAAAGAAUUUAGACGUGAAAGGCGAAGCGUUAUAAUCUGAAGGGAAAUAAGAAGAAGUAUGGAAAAAAAACGUGAUGGACGGUGUUUGCUUUCGACAUCGGUACGGGACCUCUGGUACGGUAGUUGUUGUUGGUGUUAGGCGUCUCUUAUUAUCGUCUGACAACUAGCAAGAGAAAAAAGAAAAAAAAAAGGAAAAAAGGGAAAAUUCCUGUCGUCUUCUUUCCGCUCUUCUCUUUCGUGAAAGCCUCGCAAGUGUAUACGUAUAUACCGGCUGGGUGGUGUGUGUCUAUUUAUAAAUAAUAAACGACGUGAAUAAGGAUUUUUUUUCUUUUUGAGGGGAUGGAAAGAGACAAUUCGAAUCGGUGGAUUGAGGUCACGUUCCUUCUCUUUUCAACUGUCGCAUGUCUUUUGUAUUUUGACGUUGGUCUCAGCCUUUUUUUUUUGUCUGUCUAUCUACAGUACCGUACCUUCUAACAAAAUAAAAUAAAAUCCCCAACACAUUUUCAGAAGGCUCAACCAAAUAAGGCUCCACGGUUUAUUUUUUAUUUUUUUUUUGAAGCUCACUGAAGCUCCUCUAUAUAAGAAACGACUGAUUUCGUUGAAUGAAAAGAAUAAAAGAUUUUUUUUUUCAAGGGGAAAGGGGGAUGUUCGUUCAACGUGAAAACCCCGCCCCCUGAAAUCAAAUCGUCAAGUCUCAAAGUCUCUCGGAAGACGCAAAAACAAUAAAACAAGAAAAUGGAAAGCUGUGUAGAGGCGAAAGAAAGAGAUUUGCUAUACUUUGACGUAAUAAAGUGCACACACACACACACACUGUAUCCGUUUUGUAAAUAAAAAAACAUAUGCUUUGGGGCUCUUUUCAUCCCUUUGGAAUUGUGUCAGCCGUUUUAGUCUCGCUCUCUCGACGUAACUGGAUUCGUUACAUAUUAUCGAUUCAUUCUCUGAUAAUGUCUAGAGCAAAGUGAUCCCCCGUUUCCGCUCCUCUUUUCAUUUGAUUUGAAUUCUCUUGGCCACUCAUCCGAUUAAAGAGAUGAUUGCCAGAAGGGGGGAAGGAGAAGGAACGCUGAUUGGUUUCUCGGCGGGAGUACAUAUAUAUAGUAGAUAUAUUAAUGUCUGUGCUGCCGCUGGGUGGGUGUCGUUGUCCCCCCCCACCACCGUCAUCCUGAUGGUGCGAUCCGACUUCUUCCGUUCGUCAGCGCGGCCGUCCGUUUACUUCAUAUUUAUUUUACUUUCCGUUUUUCUUUGCUGGUCUGGCGUUUGUUGUUGUUGGACGCCCGUCGGGCGUUAGUUCCACCUCCGUGCUGUUGUGUUAUCUCUCGAUGGUCUUGUUAUUGUUCUCUCUGCGAGGGGUUUAAUUGUGAUCCAUUUUUCUUUUCCCCCUCUCUUAUACCGUUCGUUAUGGGCCCCUGUCGUCGUCGUCGUGGUUCCCCGUUUCUCCGGGCUCCGUUUGAUUUCUAUUACAUGGGAGAGAGAGAAGGACGGACGGACGGAAUAUAUACACCCAGCCAAAGAAAUAAAAGGCGACCCAUAUAGUUUCUCUUCGGCUCUGAUGGUGGGCCCCAUAGAGUUGAGGUGAGCAGCAGACAACACCGACUGCGCUCAUGAUAAGGAAGAAUGCAAUGGAGGGGAGAGAGAGAGAGACUGUCCAGUGAAGCUGAUUAGAAGAGCCCAGGAGACGAGCAACUACGGGGCAAUUUAGUGGCUCAUUUCCUUCUGGCCCGUUUUUUUUUUCUUCUUCUUCUUCUUUAUCUCUCUCCACAUUCUCUUAUCCGUUCUCCUUCUUCUUCUUCUUUUUUCUUCUUUUCCUCCGGUUCCUCUGGCAACGGCCGUUGUCAUGGGCACCCAGUCGAUGGUGCCACUAAGGUGAGUUUGUUACUCGAUGGGGAAUUUGCCCGUCCUCUGCUCGGCUGAUAUUGUGCAACACUAUACUGGCCCGCGUCCAUCGCUCCCUCCUCUCGGAAAGAAGCUUCGUGUACGUAAUAAAUAAGACAGACACCAAAAAAGAAUAGCGGUCGCGGACCAGCACAUUUUCGAAUACAAAAAGAAAAUGAACAGAACCACAGCGCCAGUGUUUGGUGGUUUGUGUGUGUGUGUUCCGUCGGGGGCCGGACGUGACGACAAGUUCCAGUUCCCGGAAAUCGUCCAUUAGGAAAGAGAGAAAAAAAAAAGAAAGAAACAAAACUCUGCACAUCCCCAAAGUGUGUCUUCUUGUCUGUCGUUUGUGUGAAUAUGUAUUUGUGUGUGUGUGCACUCUAGACGUAUAUACUAUAUACCUGGGCCGCGCAGACAACUGUACUAUACACAACACAACUCUUGGUGCAUCAUUUCCUUCUCGGUCCUAAUUCCUGCGAUCCUCCCCUUUUCUGCCCCACUUUGUUGUUGUUGCUUUCGUGUGGUAUGCGCUUCUCUCGUCGACGCUGAGUGGUUCACAGUUAUGAAAAUGUUGGCCCACUCAUCUUCUUUUUUUUUCCCUUCCAUUCUGUACAGCCGUCCAGGGGGACAGUGAAUAUGAGCCAAUGAAUGGAAUGAAUGAAUGGAAUUAGACUGUACUCUAUACGGCUAGGGCGCGGUGAGAGAGGGCACAUUUAUGAAUCUUCGACAAUUUCCUCUUGCACAUCUCGUCCGCCCAUUCUCGUCGCUCUCUUUUUUUUUUCUUCUUCUUUUAUUUGACUCGUUUUCACCCCUCGUUCAAUUACUUCAACGGUUCUACCUAUUUGGCUCCUAAAAGCCAAAGAGUUCGGUUCAGAGGCGAACACAGCUGUUGGCUGGGCUUUAACGAGGUGAAAGCCCGUGUAGUCCAACUCAUAUUCUAAAUUUCCUCCUGGUAAAAUAAGAAUAAGGGGAGAGAGUAUGAUUAAGAAAAUCCGUCUGUCUCUAGCUCUGUAUGGCAGUUAUUUUAUUUAACAAGGCAGGGACCCCCGAGUAGUGGGGGGCCUUAUAAGAUAAAACUACUGUGCACUAUUACUUAUUAUUAGAUAUAUACUAUAUAAUAUGCAGUGAAGACACACUAAGAGUUACACCACCACAGAGGGAAAAAAAGAGGGGGGUCGUGCUGUUCCGGAAGCGAGAGUUUUUGGGGUCUUUUGCUAUCCACACGCUCGGCAUCUAUACCUGGUUUUUCUGACAGGAUAUUCGCUGCCAUGAGCAGAUCCAAUUUAGGGAGACAAUCACCCCAAGUUAUUUCUUUUCUUUUCAAAUAUUUUUCUCUUCAUCUUCGCGUGUUGCGUAAUAUUUUUAUUUUUAUUCCGUCUUUUCGGUGCGGUUGCUAUGCAACAACAACUAUUGAACUCGUUACGCAAUUAGAAGAGCUUUUCUUGAUGGAAUUGUGCCUAAUUCUUUUCCAGCCGUUCUUUUCUCAUUCAAUCGGUUAUUCACUCUCACGCCGUUCUUUUUCCCCCGAUUCUUCUCUUGUUGUUGUUGUUGUUGUUGCUGUCUCCCCCACGCAGGAAAUCGACUAUACCCGAAGCUCAUUACCGGAGCGCCAGGCAACCACACACACACAUAUACAUUUGACAGCUAGAAAAAGAAAAGAAAAAUUUUUUUUUUCCCUUUUUCUUUUUUUUCUUUUUUUCUUUUUCUUUUUUUAAAUGUGAGGUCGUAAACAUCACCGAGUCCGCACGCUCUGCCACCACAGCCCCCGUGUGUCUCCUCAUGCCUCCCUUCCAAAAGCCAUAACUGUCCAACGUUUGGCUUGUUGGGGGCUCCAAUACUCGGUACACAAAUUACAAACACACAAACACACAGACACACACACAAGGACGUUAGAUAGUCUCUCCUAUACGCGUACAGUGUAUACAAGUCAAGUAGACAGGCCGGGGCACACCAAACACCAAAUAUCCAGCUAACGAAUAUUUCCGAUUGCCUCCUUCGGGUUUUCUUUUUUUUUUUCCCGUUGUAUACCGCUGGGGACAUGUUUUUAGACGCUCUGGGGGGUCUCUCUCUCGUCUUGCACAAACACACACACAUAUAUAUCCACCAUAUCUUUCGAGGACGAUGGCGUAUAUACCGAGUGAAAAACGAAACAAACAAACAAAUAAAUAAUCAGGAAAGAAGAAGAAAAAAAUAAAAUAAAAAGGGCGAUGGGAAAAAAGAAAGAAAAAGAAGGAAACAAAUUUGUUGUUGUUUAUUUGAUUUGGAACAUGUUGCAUGCGGGGCAUAAAGAUCAGCACGCCGCCCGCCGGUGACUCUCUCUCUGACUGUGUGUGUGUGUGUGUGUGUGUACGAGCUGUCCUAAUCACCGAUGCAGACAGGUCCCGCGAACUAAUCUCUUUGGACGCGGUUUAUCGGUCGUGCUGUGCGCGGCUUUAGCUGGAAAUAAGCGCACCGAGGGACAGAAGAAAAAGCAGAAGAAAAUGUUGCCUAUAUAUCCUAGCACACCAGACUAUAGAACUUCGAUAUGCAUGUGUACAUUAUUCAAAUAGUCACUUGCUGUACAGCGUAGUGGGUUAUUCAUAAGGCCGCGCGCGGUACUACUCUACAUAUGUAUAUUGUAUUUCCACAAUGCAUAGAGAAACUGCUGGUUAUAGAUAGUUUUGACUGACGCGCUCCUUCUCUCUAUAUCCUCUCCAGCUCGGCCGUCGUCCGCAGCGUUUUGAAUUGCGGAUGCAUUCAUUUUUUAACUUGCAUGCAGCAGCUAGCUGUAUAGAAAUGUAUUGAGGCUCUGUUGGCGGGAGGGGCUUUCUCUCUUAGAGUCUCAGCGAGAAGAGAAAGAGGAUCGUUCGUGAGUUUGGCAGACAUUUUUUGAUCAAUCUGUUUCUUUCAUUUUCCCUUUUUGUUUUGGUUUUUUUGUUUUUUUUUCUGCGUUCGGAGAGUUUAAAAGGCUAAACACAAGAAAAUCAGAAAGGAUGGAAAAAGAGAAAAGAACAUGAACCUCAUCUCGGUUGCCUGUCUCGUUUGAUCGUCCCUUUGGAAGUCCAAGUCAGCGUGAUCUAUUAUAGCCGACCUUUUUGCAUACGUAGCGAUAACGAGGAUCGAAGAGCGGAGACCAGCAUUCUCAUCUCUUUUCACCAGAAAAGAAAAGAAGAGGAUACCGGCUUGUCUAUGUAGAUAUACAAGAAAGAAGUCUAGUCGAGAUAAUCACAAUAUCCUCUGGCACACACAUCUAAAAGCGAAAAGAAAACCCGAUAGGCUGAGCAAGAUGAGGCGAGAGCCCGGCAGAUGUGAAAUUGUAGGCUUUUCCCUCAUUUUCGUCGGCAUGAUCUGAUAAAUAAAUAAUCAACCGCUCUCCGCAAACCCACACGCGGCACGCCGCCCAAGCGAAAGAGAAUGAAUAAUCGAGACGGUGUAUAUCCUACCACGGGAUGAAGUAUUCAAAUAGUAACCAAAGCCAACAAGCGAGAAAAAGAAGGAGAAACACAUCGAUUGUUUGAUUGAUGUCGAUGCGCAUAUUAGAAAAGAUGAGCUCUGCUGCAGCAGCGCCCAUUUGAAAACAAACGUAUAUACUAUACAAUAUAGUACUCCGGUCACGACGUCUUGGGAUUUGUUCCUUCAUCAUCGUUGGGCUGUUGUCGUUUAUUCGAUGAAUUUUUUUAAGGUUUUUUUUUUAUCUUUUUUUGAUUCGACCGGUUCGAUCCGCUCAGCGGUUUUGUGUACAUUGUGUAUCAUCGCUCUGCGUGUCUGCGGUAUCGACGCCCCCAUUUAUUUAUUUAUAAUCUUAUAAAAAGGUGGAAAAAAAAAAGAAAACAAGUGGGUGGGGGAAGUUCCGAAGGGAGGGAGAAACAAAAAAGGGAAAAACUUUUUUGGGUAGUGGUGGUGGUGGUGUCCAAGAGAACUCACGAAAAACAAAACACAACAAAAUGAAAAAUAAGAGUAAUGCAUCGAUCAACCCCCCUCCAAAAAAGACUCGGGCCGGGUGUCUUUAUCACGCUAUUGUUUACUACAGACACUCUCAGGAGUUGCUCCGCACUCUUGUAACAACACCGACCAGCCGGACCAGGUGAAAAACGGAGGAGAAACAAUUUUUGGGGAAGAAAAUAGAAAAUACCAAAAAUAAAAGAAAAUGAAAACCGUGGCGUGAAAAAACAAAGCGCUGCUGGGCUUUCAUGGGGUUUCCUCCGAUUUUUUGUGUUUGCAAAGUGGAUAUAGAAAGAAAAAAAAGCUGCGUAAAAUGACACGUCCGUCAUUCGCUGGCGGACAAACAAACGAAGUUAAAAAAGCAAAAAACAAUUGAAAAAGGAUCGAACGAACUUUUGAAAAGUGCUGGAAAAUCGUCUGGGCCCCCCUUGUGCGGCCGCUUAUAUCGCGUGAGUUGCGUCAAGAGGGGCUUUCUUUUUUUCCUUAUUUUUUCAAACGACGAAAAUGGAAGGUGACAAGGAAGCGUGACUCAUCCUCGGUGUAGUAGUGUAUAUACCCAGCACGUAAAGGCCGACGUUGUAUACAAUAGAGGAUCGCUCAGCGCGGCUCAGAGCCAGAGCUAUAUAGCAACUAGCAGCGUCUGUAUGGCGUACGGGUCGCUGAGCUUCUCUCCUGUGAGCUAUUUGGACUGUGCAGCACAAGCUGGGGGCACAGCAUACACACGGUGACAUUCUCUCUAGAUAUAGAUACGUCUAGUUACAUGGGGGGCUUAGCGUUAGCGACCCAUGUCAUUGGAUGACGGUUAUAAUAACUUUUUUUCCGUUUCUAUUUUUUUUUUCAAGAGAAAGAGAGAGAAAGAGUAUCAGUUCAACGGAGUAGACACAAUGGGCAUGGAGUACGUACGGUACGUACCACUCUUAGUAUAUAGGUACAGGUACAACACAGCGCAGGCCGGCCGGCCCUGUUGGCCGGGCUAUUAGGAAUAAAUCCGUCGAGGCGGAUCACGACAACCCGAAUGAUAAUAUAUAUAUGAAAACACACCGGCCCCGGCCGGCAGCUGUGUUGACUAAAUAUUUCAAUAAUAAUAUUUGACUUCUAUUCAACUGUAGAAAAACUGUUUAGAUGAUGACAUGCAAAGAAGAGAUGAAGGUUUUUUUUUCCCAUUUUAUUUUCCCUUCUUAUAUCCAGCAUGUGAUGAUUAUAUGAUUGUAUAGUGUGUGUGUGUGUGUGUGUACGUUUGAAAGAUGGAAAAAGAAGAGAAUAGAUACGGGAUAAAGUGAACGCGGUCGUGACGACCGGGACGAUCUGGUCUCCAUCUGCCAUGACAUUUUCACGUUUCAAUUUUUUUCUUCUUCUUCUUCUGUCUCCUUUGGGCUAUCAGCUGCUGUUGCAACAGUGUGCCGUGUGUCAGCGCGUCUCUCUCUCUCUCUCUGUAUGUGUGUGUGUGUAUCUAAUGACAGGUCAAUUACGUCGACUCAAGAAGAGUAUAUACAAAAAAAUAGAAAAAGAGAGAAGAAGAAGAAGAAGAAGAAAAACAAGUUGAAGCAGCGCAUCUCUCACGAAGCCCGAAAUCUCGAGAGGAGAGCCAAGGAUAUCCAAGAGGAUGAUGAUAAAAGAGUCUAGAAAAAAAGGGGUAUCUAUAUAGUGGGGGGGAGAGAAGGAGGAGGAGAAUAACGCGUGAGUGCGGGCACGUUGAAAGCCCUGAUGCAACAAGAAUCUAAUCCUCAAAAGAAGAAGACGAAGGCAAAGAACGACGCGCUCUAUCUAACGCGUCUCUCGGUCCUCUUGUCUCUCUUUAUCUCAAUUGCUCCCGAGUAUUUUUUUUUCCUUUUGCGCCUUGGAACAGAUUCCAACUGUGCUGCUGUGUAGAGAGAGACGAAGAAGCGGGAGCGGCUAUACUAUAUAGACUAUGUGCACGCAGAAGCAGCAGCAGCAGCACAUAUUCUUGUGUCUAUCUCUGCCGGGAAAUAGCCGCAGAGCGGCGAGCGACCCAACGCCAAAAACCUCGUUUUUUCUUCUUCUCCUUCUUCUUUCGCUCAUAAUCUUACAUACAAUUCUCGUUUGAUUUAUCUCUGAUGGCUUUUCGGGUAUAACCCCCCCGAGCUCGCACUUUUUCCGUAGUAUCUAACACACUGGAGAUAUACAGGCUGGAAGCGUCAUUUCUUUUUUUUUUCCUUUGCGGGGGUAACGCGCGUAUAAAAAUAUUAAUACGUGAACAAUAAACGCCAGCUCCCGGUGGAUGGAGCUCCGUGUUGCGUCCACCGAUCGACCGAGAGUUUAUUAUUGACUAUCAUAUUGAAAGACUGUGGAGAGAGAGAAAGAGAGAGAAACAACGACGGAAUAACAUUGCCAGCUGUUUUGAAAAGGGCAUCUGCCAAUCUUGCGGCACGAUAGCGCAAGAGCCAACAUAGAGAAAAUAUGAUUCAACUGUUGGUGUAUAUUAUAUAGCCUUCUACUUGCUGUUCUUGCCCUCGCCGGAAUAAGCUUGUAUACAUUGUUCAACCAAAUCUUGAUUCUCCUCUCUGAAAAAUGAGGAGAAAUAACAAUUAUAUUCAUGAUGUAUAUUACUAACAAAUAGAAUAUCCGUGAAGAAAGAGAAAAUAAGAGAGAGAAAAAAGCGUCAUGUUUGAUGGAGGAGAGCUAUUAUGUACGUAUAGUUUUCUCCCUUUUCAUCUUUUUCCCCCCUCCUUGCUUCAAUAUCUUUACGGUUGAUGAAAUAGAGAGGCAAAGGUUUGUCCGCUUCUUUUCUUCUGAUCCUUUAUAGCAUAAGUAUAUUAUACAAUUUCUUCUUCUUCUUCUUCUUGCUUCUUCUCUUUUAUAGUCUGGGACUUGUCAGCUAUAUCUCGCAUCGGCAAGAAUUGGUGGCCACAUAAAGAGAUCGAAGAUGGGACUAGCAGCGUGAUUCUUUCCCUUGGCAAAAGUAUCUCUCUCUCUCUCUCUUUCUCGUCGUAGAGAUACACACUCGACUUACAUAAGAGAAGCUAUAGGACGACAACAUCCAUAUACCAUAUUAUAAAUAUAUAUACGGGGAGAUAUAGAAGACAGGGCCGAGGCAGUGCAAGAGAGAGAGAGAGAGAUACAUCUAUCUGGAUAUAUACUGAAGAGGCUCUCUCUCUCCUGCCCAGUAUAUAUGAACGUCCAACUCUUGUGCCUAUAUACAGAUAGAUAUAAAUAUCUACGAGUAUCUAGAGUAUAUAUACGUCUAUGUGUGUGUGUGUGUGUGUGUGUGUGUCUAGUCCCCAUCUAUAUUGUAUAGACGAGAACAAAUGGACGAUUGAAAUAAAGCGAACGGGAAUCAAAAGAAAGAUGCGAUACACACACACACACAACAGGAAGAAGGAGGAGGAGAAGAAGAAGAUGAAGAGGGAGGCCUUGUAUAUAAUAUCUGGUUUUAUGAGCGACCGCCUUUCAUGGCGACAGCCAAGAGAGGAACACAGACGAGCAGACUUGCGAAAGUUACGCACGCACAACAGUUACUCGAUACCCCCCGAUGGCAUAUACAGUUGCAAAGGGGCUUACAUGUACGUUUUUUUUGUUUCUUUUCUUUUUCUUUUUUCCCUUCUGGCCUAUGGGCCUCUCCCCAUAUCUCCUUCAUCUCAUCCGAAUGGACUGGCUGCCGCUUGCCUAUACAUGGGGAACUCGUGACUGGCCUCCGACAUCCAGGUCUAAAUAAGUUACAGGAAAAAUACAGGGCCGAAGAAAAAUCAGGACAGCAGCAAAAGAAAAAGAAACUAUAGACACACACACACACACACAGAGAGAUAGAUAGUAAAUACAUAUAAGGACUGGGAUUUUUUUUCAAGGGGGCCCAAGCUUUUGCUUUCAUCCAGACACGUGUUGUUACAUAUGAAGGGGGAUUGCGCAGCGUGCCCAGCAGCGGAUAGACACAACUAGUCUUUUUUUUCCACAGUGAGAGAGAGAGAGAUUGAAGGGAGGAGUUGCACGACGAGAUGAGCGCGGUCUGUAAAAAAGGUUCUAUGAAAAGGGAGGAAACGGUCCAACCGAUGAUGAUCUCGUCCCGUGUAUAUAAAUACAUUUGAAAAACGACAGAGAGAGGGGAGAUGGAAAAUAAAAAUAAAAAGAAUCUCAGUCAUGCUGUCGCUUCUGUUCCAGGGGUUUUCCAGUCGUAUGCCAGUGCUGUGUAUAUACGCUUCGGAAGCACCUCACAUGUGAACCAUAGCCGCGCCCUAUUUCCCCCCACCCCCCCCCCCCUCUUAUUCCAUCGGCAUAGAGAUAAAACGGCGUCAGCACACGGAGGAUCAAAGGCGGCCCAUAACGAGGGAAUACAAACAGAGGAAACUUAACCACCACCACCACCACUAUACCCACCGAGUCCUCCACCGCACCGCCGAUGCCAUCAUUGCCCUGACGUCGUUAUAUCCGUCCGCCCCCUUCUCUCUUUUCCCCAUCUGACAAUGUCCGAACCACCGCCGCGACGACGACGACUUAUUGUCCCAUCCGAUUCUCAAUUCUCAAUCCCGGCUAUUAUACCUUGGAUAGAUACGGCACAACAGACGACGUAUUUUUCUGUAGAUUGGGCAGUUGCGAUGGGGGGAUGACUGGAAAUAUAUGGACGACACAGAGCCGCCACCGCCGCCGCUGCGGCUGGGGGGAUUUUGUUGUUCAUUGAUUGAGCCACCCUCUCUCCGGCCUUUCGUUCAUCUCUUCCCUUUAGCCUCGUCAUCAAGUAUAUUGCGAUGGUCGAGGCAGCAGCAGCAGCCGCAGUAGCAGCUGACCCUUCUCUGCUGCCCUCAAUAAAAACCAACCACCACCACGUAGUAUAUACCAUCCCAUAUAGCCUUUAACGUCCGCAUACACGUGCGGACGAGCCGAGCCGAGAGAGAUUAGACAUGAUGUGCCAUUGCCGAAAGGCCAUAGCAUAUAUAGAAUCUCUCUCAUUCUUUCUCUCUCUCUUUUCCUCUUUUUUUGUGUGUGUCGGUGAGGUACAAAGCGAGCAGUGGAUCAUUUUCGGAGGGAUGUUUCGUUUCGCAUUUCGUCUCGGCUAUCGCCCGCGCCGCUGACCGUUCACCCAAUAAUGUGUGACACUGUGUGAAUAUAACGUCGAAUAACUAAAUCAAUCUAAUAUCAUAUCCUAUAUAUGUAUACAAACACUUUUUCGAUGAAAGCCGGACAAUCUGAUUGAUUGGUCAAUUGAUGAAUGGCGCCCCGCGGUAGUGAGUGCUCCUUUCGCACGCGGAGAUGAACGAAAAUGAUAUGAGCAACUUCCUUUUUCCUCUCUUCUCUGCUAUUAUUAUAGCCGGUCAGCUGCUCUUUCCUUUUCAUUCUUUGCUGCAGUUGACGGAAGUUGUGUGCUGUAUGCCAAUAUGUGUUGACGGACCAUAAUCUCCCGUCCCCCCCCCCCUCUCUCUGUGUCCGUUCCGUUCCGUCCCUCCGUUGGCCCUGUUUUGGCGACUCAUUCCGGCCCGAGACCUUAUUUCCGCUCGAUUAUUACACGACGAUCAAAUCGAUUUGGAGCGACACGCUCUUCUUCUUCUUCUUUUUUUCCAUCGGAUUUUUCUCGAUCGAUCCCUCAUCAAGGAUUAAAUGUGUAAAAACACGUUGCGGCAGCAUAGGACGGAAAAGAAGACUCAGGCAUUGCAAAUAGACAUGUGAAAAUUUAAGAGAGAGAGAGAAAGAAAAACAAAUAAAAAUAUAUCUCUGAUGAGUUGAUCAAUAACUAAAGUCCUUCAGUGACGCAAAUCCGACUCUGAUCUACAUUUUUUCUUCUUCUGUGAGAGAGUUGACAGGGUUCGAAUUUUUUCCAUUCUGGACCGUGGAAGGCUUUCAUCUUAUUCAAUUGCACUUGUCGGAAAAAGUUAUAACAGCGCAUUUGUGAUGACUCGUCAAAGGUGACACGAACUUUUCACUAAAUAACACCGCCGGCGCAUCGCCGUAUACACCCGCAUAUAUUGCAUGGCACGCACGGAGUGCUGCACUUGAACUUGAAAGGACAGUCCGAACAAGAGCGACGGAUAGUUCUUCCCUGUUUUUUCCUUUAUUCCUUUUUUUUCUCCGUCCCCUUUUCCUGUUCUGCAGGAAUAAAUAAACCCAACGACGUGUGUAGUAUAUUAGGAGGAUCUCGUCGGUGUUGAAUGGAUGAAGAGUGGUGGGGUAUAGAGUAGGUGAUGAGGAAUAAUUCUAGCUCGACAUUCAUCGAAAGACAAUUGGAUUACCUAUCAAACGAAAUAAAUCGGUUGGAUGUAUGCAGCAGGGGACGGGGUCCAGCUUUGGCUGUCUCGUUUCUUUUCUUUUUUCUAAUACAAUAUUUGACACAUUUUUUUUUUUGCGGUGGCAUUCUCAUGUCUAAUCAAAAGCCAUCAGCCAUCGAAUUUUAAAACCCCUUUUGGCUGCGCCGCGUAGCACAUACAUAUAGUAUGGCCGAAGGUUGACCACCCAGCAAUCUUCUAGUGCGGCAUGUUCCUCGUAAUCUUAUCUCAUUUUGAAAUUAUUGCGAGCUUGGGAAAUCCCGCGCGUGCAACCCCAAUGACUUGUUUCACGGCUGGUCGCCAGGUGGGCAGCACGGUUGUUGUUUUCACCGUGAGUUAUUGCGAAUCUAGUUGUGCUGCAUAUAGAAUAGACUGGUGACGAUUUGCUCGGCGCAUAUUGAUUGUAUUGCACGAAAGGCAUUUUGGGUCGAUUCCUCAAGAGCAAUCCUAUCAGGUGGCAGGCUCAGUCACGCCAUUUACAAUGGUAUGCUGCACACGCGAUUCAUGAUCGAAAUUGGAUUAUUAUAGAAAAAUGAAACAGUAGAUGCGGGAAUUGCCCCCAAACGAAAGGGCAUAUUACUCUAUAUAUGCGCUCGAUAUGGCGGAAGCCAAUAGUCGUACGUAAGACACGUUCAACGACGUUGACUGCCGAUAUAGGAUCAACAACCAGAAAAGGGAAAUGGUUUCACCACCUGUGUAAUGGACUGGAUUCAGUCGCAUUCUAUAAGCUAAUAAGUCUAUCUAUCAGCUCGCAUAUAUCCACCUCUUUUCUUUUAUUCGGUAAAUACCUAAAUGUCAUUCUCGGCAGCUGUUUCCUGUACAGCAUUAUCCAUAUUGCGUUAUGCCUAUGUGUAUUAUAGCUCUAACCUUUGAAAAACUGAAUUCGAAUAAUCUUUAUUAUUCCAUCCUACAUAGUCCUAUACACACAGCGACGACAUAUAGUCUGGGUGUGUUAAUUGAAUUUGUCCAUACAUGGCCCCCCGCCCCCCCCCCCCCUCACUUUCUCCUUCUUCCUAUAUUGGGAGAGAGGAAGACAAUCGAGUUGCGCAUUAUUAUUUAUCUUUUGACGCUCUGAUGGCCGCGCUACUGCUGAUGGUGACAAGCCGGGGCUGUUUUAUAUAUACGAAGGGGGGAAAAGGAAACACUCGAACAGCAGCAACAGAGGCUUCAAAAUAUCUCAAAACAACCCCUCUAGUCUCUCUCGUCUCCUUUUUCAUCUGCUCCCCGUCGUACCUCCUUCCUUCCUUCUGGCUUCGUUAUGUUAUUAUAUUUGUUAGCUUGUGUGUGUCGACACUGUGUGUCUGUGUAUAUAUAUAUAUACGAAGACAGAGAGAGGAAAGAGGAGAAAGAAUAAAAGUUGUAGUAGUAGGUCGUGUAUGGGCUACCAUCACGAGACCGAGUGACUUGAGAGUUCACCGCCGGCCCUUGAGGGUUGUUAACAUAGUUUUCCCUCGGAAUAUUUUCCCCUUGUUUUUUUUAUGUUAUCUUUUUUCUUCUUUCUGUUAGCAGCCAAAUGUUAAAGGAGCAGAGAGACAACACAAGAAGAAAACCUUCACUUUGAAAGGGAAGAAGAAGAAGAGAAAAAAAAGAAGGCCAACAAUAACACAGAGUGCAGACACAAAAAAACAGAGAGAGAGGAACCCCCGAAUUCCCCCCUCAUCCAUUGUUGAGUUUUGUUAAAUGCAACACGAAGAAGAAGAAGAAGAGAAAAAAAAAUUGUGUUCUAGUCUAGUAAUUCCACGUGGAUGACUCCGUCCGUUCGUGGCCGUGAGCCGACACACACACAGCACUCACAUAAGAGGUCAUCUUCCUUGGCCGGUUUUUUUUUCUUUUUCUCCUCUCUGUUAGAUCCUAUUGCUUUUUUUGGGGGGGGGGGGGGGGGAGACGGGCAGGAAGAGGCUCUUUGCUGUUACCUAGGGCUGGCUUCCUACGAUUAUUCGGUUGGGUGGACUAUUUUAUUUUCGCGAAUUUUUUUUUCUCCGUUCAAGCGCGUUAUUGUGUGUGUGAUCCAACAACUGGACAUCCAUUUGCGAAAUCAGCUUAUAAAAAUGACCAUUCUAAAAGACCUUUAUCUAGCUAGUACUAUAAAUAUAUAUAUACCGAUAUAAGCUGUUGCGAUAUCAUUCACCUCUUCUGAAGAAAGCUUUGAUCCACCUGGAAAGGUGGUCUUACACCUAUAGGAUGACAGGUCUUCAAAAGAGUCUAAGUCGUCCAGCGUUUGUGCUGCAAUGUGCAUAAAGUCCUUCGGUCCAUUGACGCGCCUUAUGCAUAAGAAAUGAGGUAUACCAUAGUAAUGUAUGCAAGUCCACUUCAUUUGUUUCCGUCCCUCUGGUGCUGCAUAUUGUGUGUGCGCUGUAUUCUCGACUUGUCAUAAGCUAUAAGACACGUUUCCUUUAUUUCUGUCUCCACCCGCUGCAUUACAGCUCGUGUGUUUCAAGUCUUUCAUGUCCUCUGUGUUUUUUUGCGCAGUUUUAUGUGACGGGCUUCUUCUUCUGUCGGAAUGUUUCAUCGUAAGCUUUCCCUGCUGCGACGGAAGGGGCCGCCAAAUGGAGGAUAUUAGAGAGAACAGAGGAAAGGACGCGGAGGAUCAUAGAAAGCUUUUGAUCCGUUCAGAUUGAUGCGCAUUUCAAAUGGUGCAGGGCUCUCUCUGUCUCUCUCUCCACUCUGCUUGUUCUUGUGUCUCUCAGACUGUCCGUCUGUCCGUCCGUCCGUCCGUCGUCGUCCCCCUCUCGGUGGAAAUGCGUCGUCGUUCUUCCACUCAUCUCGUUCCUCCUUUUUCCCUAGACUGAUGCCGCUACUUCAAUUAGUACGUGUGUAUACCCCAACAUUCCUUUUCUUUCCCUUAGCAAUUUGUUUCCUUCUUCUCCUUCUAUUUUGGGGUAAUUCGUUUCAAUCGUUUCAUCUCGUUGAAGACUUUUUUUUCUCUCUCUCGUCGGUCGAAAGGAAACGAACUGCCCGACAAAGAGUCGAGUGAAGAAAAAAAAAGUGGAAAUAAUAUGGCUAGUUUCCUCUUGUGUUUCUUGAAAGACGGCCAACUGGACACGACAGCCCCCUCCCCCAUCCCAUUUCGAUGACUUUUUACGAGCAGCCAAAAGAAGAAGAAAAAGCUGCAAAUUACGAGCGAAAUAUGCGCACCAGCGGAAGGAGCGAUUUUAGGAAGGAGAGGAUCGGCCCAGCCGGCCAAAAAUAAGUCAAUACAAUAUCGGUUUAUAUGCUCUCAUUUCUGCUGUGACAUCAGCCGCCCUGUGAAUAAGUGGGAGAAAAUCUGGAGAAAAUAUUUAUCGUAUAAUAUUCGGUUAGUCGUUCCAAAAAGGGAACAAAUGUUGAGCACUAUAGACCUACGGUACACAAGAUUCCCGACAGAUUUCUUCCUAAAAAAAAAAAAAAAAAAAAAAAACGAAUCGAGAGAAGAAAGAAAGAAGAAAGAGAGAGAGAAAAAUGAGGGCAGAAGGAAGAAGAAGAAGAAGAAGAAAUUAAUGACAUGUCAAAGUCAGGCCAGUGCGGUCGUUCCCCGGAAUUAUCUCGAGCUGAUUUGGCUCGUGUUGUGUGUGCUGGGGAGAGCACAAUAUAAAUGAGCUAUCAAAGUACAUCGAAGGGUCCCCCCCCUCUUUUGUCGAGUCGAACUUGGGAUAAAUGAGCACCGACGUCGACGUCCGUCCUUAUCGAUCCCUGCGCCGCUGUGCCGCAACUAUUUUCUCGUGUCCUUUUGCGUUUUUUUCUUCUUCUUCUUUCUUUCUUCUCUCGACAAUACAAUGCGCAGCAAACAAGGAAUCCCCGUGCCUAUACCAGCUGCAUGCGUCCAUAGCUAAUACAAUAUAUAUAUCAUGUGCGGUGUGUAUAUAAUACACAUUGCUGCUGCUGCUGCUGCUUCAUCUGUAAAACAAUCUUUGAGAGUCGACAUGUCGAUGCUUCACGACCUUUCCCAUCUUUGCCUUCUUGGGCUUUUUCCAUCUUAAGACAUCAAUGAAGAGCGCUGGCGGGACAAGACAGACUGACUCUGUGCUGCAAUCGAAGUGGAGGGCAAGAGUGCGAUCCGUGUAAGAUUUAUGAGAUCCGUUCGGCUGUCCAAAAAGAAGAACGAUCGAAGGAAGCAACCCAAAGAAGAAGAAAAAGAAGAAGAAUAUGAAAGCUAAUAACUUGAAAUACAUGUUGUACGAAGGAUCCAGGAGCGCCGCCGAUGCACUAUAUAGAAGUAUAUACAUACAGGAUGGAAAGUUAUGGUGGGGAGCACACAAAUUCGUGCAUUGCUCUCUUGUAUAUCAAUACGAGAUGAGGCAGAGCAAAGAUGACGAGAGAAAAGAUCAACAUUUAUACGAAUGUAAGAGAGAGAAAGAGAAAGAGAAAAAGGAAAUAAGGAAGGACCCGUCACUAUAGUCCAAAAGUCGCCGCCUUCUUUCAGUUAUUAAUGACGUGGAGAACAAGAGACGCGGAAAGGAAGAAGGAACAAAGUUUUUGACCCAGCAGCAGCAGGAGCAGCAGCUAUAUAGGCAGAGGAUAGGAUGUACACUGCAGAGGCUUGAUCAUAUUCACAAAACUGAUUGCUGCCAGAACUAUAUAUUCUCGGCUGUGCCGCCGCCUCUCUCAGCCUAUAUAGAUCUCUUUUGAGUUUCUUCUUUCAUGGCGUUUCCGUUGGCGGAGAAAUGAGAAACGCCAAGGAAGAAAAUGAGUCGUGAAAAAAGAAAAAAGAAAAAAAAAAAAGAAAAAGAACAAGAACAAGAAAAGACGGGCAGAUAGAAAUGUGUGUCUUGUCGUUUCUCCCGUUGCGAAUGUGUGUCUGACGGUGUGUUACAUUUGAUAUCCUUUUGCUCGUUUGCCUUUGCCAUCCUCGUAAUGUACGCGACGGCGCUCCUAGACGAGUUAUUAUUACACUCCAUAUGUAUACCGCCUGCAUGUAUCAUCUCUCGGAGAGCCGGGCCAGGCCGUUCUGUCAGCAUCAAGUCUCUCUACUUCUUCUUCUUCUUCUUCAUAUUCUUCAUAUUCUUUACGCCGUCAUCUCCAUCAUCCAGUUCUGCGCUCUCGCGCACAUCAACCAGCAGGCGCAUGCAAAAGUGCGCUAGCACAGAACUGUAUAUAUGUAUUCGCAUUUAUACUCUACACUACCAUAUACUAGAACUACUACUGUUGUUGUUUAUUAUAUUUGCGCUGUCACGAGGGCGUAACACAUUGUACGUGGCGUCGACUGUCGCUCCCCCCGGUUCCGCACUGUCUCCCUCUGCUCCGCGGGUAUCAUAAUAAUAAUAACGCAAGUAAAUCGAAAUCAAAUAAUAAAGAAAAGAAAAGAAGCGAGGGCGCGCGCGAGCCAAUGCGAUACACGUAUACAUAUAUACGGGCCACACAAACUGUGCAGAAACGAGAAAGAAUGUCUGAAGAAGAAGAGUGUAUCGCUAGAAAAAAAAAGAGAAGGAACUUGGCUGGCUGGCAGUUGAGGAGAGAAAAGAGGGGAUUUGUCUUAGUGCGGUGCUGUUGUGUGCGCUACACUAUAGACGCCAGAGAGCUGCCUGCACUUUGCGAAAUGUGCUUUGCAUCCCAGAUGAAGGGUUUUCUUUUUCUUAUUUUUUUUUUGUUCUUUAUAUAUUCUUUCCCUCUUUUACUUGGGCCUAUGUAUAAAUGAAGGCAGCCGAGGAAAAGAAAGAGAAGAAAAGAAGCCAAAGCCAAAAGAAAUGAAUGUGUAUGAGAGAGAGAGAGAGAAAGAAGAAACUGCGCACAGCCCAGAAAAAAAGGAUAAGGAAACGGACAGAUAUAUGGGUUCUCUUCCAUCUAUACACAUUGUGUGAGUGUUCCGGCCUGGAUAUUGCUCAUACUAAUGUUGAGCUUAACAUACAUUGAGAGCUUAUUGUGUUGGUGAGACUAUAGCAAGGACGGAGAGGAAAAGGAAAAAAAGAAGAAGAACGGCCCCGAUAAGAGAAGAAAUCGGGGACCGUGUGUAUGUAUACGUCUUGCGCGCAAUCGUCGCUCGUUUAAUGUUUUGCCUCUUUUCUCUGAUGCUCUCACUUUUCUUCUUUUUUGUGUGUGUUUUGAUUUUUUUCUCUCUCUCGGGUGGAGCGACGCCAACGACGACGUAAACGAGAGCAAGAGGAGAAGGAUUGCCCUUUCGGCCAUUAAGAAAAUCCCCUAGGCCGUCAAUGCCGCCGCUGCUGCCGCGCGUCGUUCACCGCCUGCCUCUGCUGCGAAACGAGAUGAAUUCGCCCAGCUAUACACAGCGCCAGCAGUGCCCGGGAAUUCCACGACUGUGUCCAACGACCGCACACAUGUAUAUACCCCUCCCGCCCAACACAUAUAUUACAGCCAGGCGUCUAUAUUCGUCUUUUGAUGUUUUGUUUCUUUUUUUUGGGGAGCUCUAUUUUCUUUUCUACAUACAAAAUGUAACUACAAGUCGUCGACGCUUUUGUAUUUUUUGACGCAGUGAAAUAACAUCAAAGAUGUUUCAUUUGAUAUUCAAUAAAAAAUGUUUACAUGUUUGUUUUCUAUAUAUGCCCCCACGUCUAUUUCAUGUCAACUUCCAUAUACCAUCUCCGCCUCCGCUUUCCUCCUCGCUAUUUUGUAUGCUUUAUUCCCUUCUAUCGCAUAUUACACAUGUUAUACAAUCAAA